AUGGGAAUAUCACAGAGGCCCAUCAAGCCCAUCUCUCACAGGUAGGAGACAGGCAGCCUAAUACUCUUGCAACGGCCUGAUUGAUGCCCCUCAUUAGAGACUGUGUGUGUGGGACCUGAGUUACAGUCGGGGCUACUUUCACUGUACACACACACACACACACACACACACACACACACACACACACACACACACACACACACACACACACACACACACACACACACACACACACACACACACACAGAAAAACACUGGGGGAGGUUAUUAUCCCACAGAGUUCACAGCCACCCAAGUGACACAACCUUGAACUCUCACCCCAUGCCACCUGUUCAGUGGUACAUCCCUGCCCCCACUGUAUGCUGAUGGACUCUACCACUGAGUAGGGGGUGUAUGGUAGGCUAUAGAAUGUCUAUCUCACAGCCAGUCUGUUAGGAGAAAUAUCACCCUCUUGGCAUUCCUCUUUUUCCUCUUUAAGAUGCCUGUGGUGUGCAGGGGUAGAAGGAGCUAAAGUAGCAGGACUUAUGAAGCCCCUUGACUCUCUGCUGGCUGCUAUUUAUACUACGGCCGACUUGCUUUCCCUUUCCCUUCUUCGUCCCCCCUGUAUCUCUCUAUCCCUUCCUCCCAGUCAUACUUUAGUUGUGGAAAUAGAGCAUCGUAACAGCUGGGGUACUGAUGCACCCAGGGAGAAGCAUGUGUGUUAUGCAGUGAUGAUGCCUUCGCCCUGGCCUGCAUAGCCCAAACAGACAGCCAGGGCAGAUUAAUGUGGUUGGAUGCUGUGGCAGCCAGGGUGUGGAUGUCACCCAUGCUGAGACUCAGAUCUGGAUGUGAAAGUAGGUUCCCUCUCCUGUAUUCCCUCUGUGGUGUAGGAUGGGUACAGGAUGGACAGGCAGGCACAUUUAGUAAUGACAGACUCAGUGACAGGGCCAUAAUAAAUAUAUAUAUAUAUAUAUAUGGCAAGCCUAAAUAAGUUCAGGAGUAAAAAGGUGCUUAACAAGUCAGAUAGUAAGUUGCAUGGACUCACUUGUGUGUCGAGUGUUUAACAUGAUUUUUGAAUGACUACCUCGUCUUUGUACCCCACACAUCCAAUUAUCUGUAAAGUCCCUCAGUCAAGCAGUGAAUUUAAAACACAGAUUCAACCACAAAGACCAGGGAGGUUUUCCAAUGCCUCGCAAAGAAGGGCACCUAUUGGUAAAUGGGUCAAAAUAAAAAACGCAGACAUUGAAUAUCCCUUUGCGUAUGGUGAAGUUAUUAAUUGCACUUUGGAUGGUGUAUCAAUACACCCAGUCACUACAAAGAUACAGGUGUCCUUCCUAACUCAGUUGCCAGAGAGGAAGGAAACCGCUCAGGAAUUUCACCAUGAGGCCAAUGGUGACUUCAAAACAGUUACAGAGUUUAAUUACUGUGAUAGGAGAAAACUGAGGAUGGAUCAACAACAUUGUAGUUACUCCACAAUACUAACCUAAUUGACAGAGUGAAAAGAAGGAAGCACGUAUAGAAUACAAAUAUUCUAAAACAUGCAUCCUGUUUGCAACAAGGCACUAAAGUAAGAUUGCAAAAAAAUGUGCAAAGCAAUUAACAUUUUGUUCUGUAUACAAUGUGUUACAGUUGAAGUCGGAAGUUUACAUACACUUAGGUUGGAGUCAUUAAAACUUGUUUUUCAACCACUCCACAAAUUUAUUGUUAACAAACUAUAGGCAAGUCGGUUAGGACAUCUACUUUGUGCAUGACACAAGUAAUUUUUCCAACAAUUGUUUACAGACAGAUUAUUUAACUUAUAAUUCACUGUAUCACAAUUCCAGUGGGUCAGAAGUUUACAUACACUAAGUUGACUGUGCCUUUAAACAGCUUGAAAAAUUCCAGAAAAUGAUGUUAUGGCUUUAGAAGCUUUCGAUAGGCUAAUUGACAUCAUUUGAGUCAAUUGGAGGUGUGGAUGUAUUUUAAGGCCUACCUUCAAACUCAGUGCCUCUUUGCUUGACAUCAUGGGUAAAUCAAAAGAAAUCAGCCAAGACCUCAGAAAAAUAAUUGUAGACCUCCACAAGUCUGGUUCAUCCUUGGGAGUAAUUUCCAAACGCCUGAAGGUACCACGUUCAUCUGUACAAACAAUAGUACGCAAGUAUAAACACCAUGCGACCAUGCAGCCGUCAUACCGCUCAGUAAGGAGACGCGUUCUGUCUCCUAGAGUGAACAUACUUUGGUGCGAAAAGUGCAAAUCAAUCCCAGAACAACAGCAAAGGACCUUGUGAAGAUGUUGGAGGAAACAGGUACAAAAGUAUCUAUAUCCACAAUAAAACGAGUCCUAUAUCGACAUAAUCCGAAAGGCCGCUCAGCAAGGAAGAAGCCACUGCUCCAAAGCCGCCACAAAAAAGCCAGACUACGGUGGACAAAGAUCGUACUUUUAGGAGAAAUGUCCUCUGGUCUGAUUAAACAAAAAUAGAACUGUUUGGCCAUAAUGACUAUCGUUAUGUUUGGAGGAAAAGGGGGGUGGCUUGUAAGCCGAAGAACAACAUCCCAACCGUGAAGCACAGAGGUGGCAGCAUCAUGCUGUGGGGGUGCUUUGCUGCAAGAGGGACUGGUGCACUUCACAAAAUAGAUGGCAUCAUGAGGAAGGAAAAUGAUGUGGAUAUAUUGAAGCAACAUCUCAAGACAUCAGUCAGGAAAUUAAAGCUUGGUCGCAAAUGGGUCUUCCAAAUGGACAAUGACCCCAAGCAUACUUCCAAAGUUGUGGCAAAAUGGCUUAAGGACAACAAAGUCAAGGUAUUGGAGUGGCCAUCACAAAGCCCUGACCUCAAUCCUAUAGAAAGUUUGUGGGCAGAACUGAAAAAGCGUGUGCGGGCAAGGAGGCCUACAAACCUGACUCAGUUACACCAGCUCUGUCAGGAGGAAUGGGCCAAAAUUCACCCAACUUAUUGUGGGAAGCUUGUGGAAGGCUACCCAAAAUAUUUGGGAAUGUGAUGAAAGAAAUAAAAGCUGAAAUAAAUAAUUCUCUCUACUAUUAUUCUGACAUUACACAUUCUUAAAAUGAAGUGGUGAUCCUAACUUACUUUACGAGGAUUAAAUGUCAGGAAUUUUAAAUGUAUUUGGCUAAGGUGUAUGUAAACUUCCGACUUCAACUGAAUGUUUGGGGCAAAUCUAAUGCAACAGAUUACUUAGUACCACUCUCCAUAUUUUCAAGCAUAGUGAUGGCUGCAUCAUGUUAUGGGUAUGCUUGUAAUCAUUAAGGACUGGGGAGUUUUUCUGGAGAAAAAAUAAACAGAAUGGAUCUAAACACAGGUAAAAUCCUAGAGGAAAACCUUGUUCAGUCUGCUUUCCACCAGACACUGGGAGAUUAAUUCACCUUUCAGCAGGACAAUAACCUAAAAUACAAGGCCAAAUCUACACUGGAGUUGCUUAACAAGAAGACAGUGAAUGUUCCUGAGUGGCCGAGUUACAGUUUUUACUUAAAUCUAUAAUUCUGGGGUAUUGUGUGUAGAUGGGUGAGAAAAAAUAUAUAUUUUGAGUUCAGGCUGUAACACAACAAAAUGUGGAAUAGGUGAAGGGGUAUGAAUACUUUCUGAAGGCACAUAUAUACACUGCUCAAAAGAAUUAAGGGAACACUUAAACAACACAAUGUAACUCCAAGUCAAUCACACUUCUGUGAAAUCAAACUGUCCACUUAGGAAGCAACACUGAUUGACAAUACAUUUCACAUGCUGUUGUGCAAAUGGAAUAGACAACAGGUGGAAAUUAUAGGCAAUUAGCAAGACACCCCCAAUAAAGAAGUGGUUCUGCAGGUGAUGACCACAGACCACUUCUCAGUUCCUAUGCUUCCUGGCUGAUGUUUUGGUCACUUUUGAAUGCUGGCGGUGCUUUCACUCUAGUGGUAGCAUGAGACGGAGUCUACAACCCACACAAGUGGCUCAGGUAGUGCAGCUCAUCCAGGAUGGCACAUCAAUGCGAGCUGUGGCAAAAAGGUUUGCUGUGUCUGUCAGCGUAGUGUCCAGAGCAUGGAGGCGCUACCAGGAGACAGGCCAGUACAUCAGGAGACGUGGAGGAGGCCGUAGGAGGGCAACAACCCAGCAGCAGGACCGCUACCUCUGCCUUUGUGCAAGGAGGAGCAGGAGGAGCACUGCCAGAGCCCUGCAAAAUGACCUCCAGCAAGCCACAAAUGUGCAUGUGUCUGCUCAAACAGUCAGAAACAGACUCCAUGAGGGUGGUAUGAGGGCCCGACGUCCACAGGUGGGGGUUGUGCUUACAGCCCAACACCGUGCAGGACGUUUGGCAUUUGCCAGAGAACACCAAGAUUGGCAAAUUCGCCACUGGUGCCCUGUGCUCUUCACAGAUGAAAGCAGGUUCACACUGAGCACAUGUGACAGACAUGACAGAGUCUAGAGACGCCGUGGAGAACGUUCUGCUGCCUGCAACAUCCUCCAGCAUGACCGGUUUGGCGGUGGGUCAGUCAUGGUGUGGGGUGGCAUUGACAGCCCUCCAUGUGCUCGCCAGAGGUAGCCUGACUGCCAUUAGGUACCGAGAUGAGAUCCUCAGACCCCUUGUGAGACCAUAUGCUGGUGCGGUUGGCCCUGGGUUCCUCCUAAUGCAAGACAAUGCUAGACCUCAUGUGGCUGGAGUGUGUCAGCAGUUCCUGCAAGAGGAAGGCAUUGAUGCUAUGGACUGGCCCGCCCGUUCCCCAGAUCUGAAUCCAAUUGAGCACAUCUUGGACAUCAUGUCUUGCUCCAUCCACCAAGAGUUGGCAGAUGCCACCUCAUUAGGAGCAUGCCCAGGCGUUGUAGGGAGGUCAUACAGGCACGUGGAGGCCGCACACACUACUGAGCCUCAUUUUGACUUGUUUUAAGGACAUUACAUCAAAGUUGGAUCAGCCUGUAGUGUGGUUUUCCACUUUAAUUUUGAGGGUGACUCCAAAUCCAGACCUCCAUGGGUGGAUAAAUUUGAUUUCCAUUGAUAAUUUUUGUGUGAUUUUGUUGUCAGCACAUUCAACUAUGUAAAGAAAAAAGUAUUUAAUAAGAUUAUUUCAUUCAUUCAGAUCUAGGAUGUGUUGUUUAAGUGUUCCCUUUAUUUCUUUGAGCAGUGUAUAUACAGUACCAGUCAAAAGUUUGGACACACCUACUCAUUCAAGGGUUUUUCUUUAUUUUUAGUAUUUUCUACAUUGUAGAAUAAUAGUGAAGACAUCAAAUUUAUGAAAUAACACAUAUGGAAUGAUGUAGGAACCAAAAAAGUGUCAAAGUAGCCACCUUUUGCCUUGAUGAAAGCUUUGCACACGCUUGGCAUUCUCAGAGAGAGAGAGAGAGAGAGAGAGAGAGAGAGAGAGAGAGAGAGAGAGAGAGAGAGAGAGAGAGAGAGAGAGAGAGAGAGAGAGAGAGAGAGAGAGAGAGAGAGAGAGAGAGAGAGAGAGAGAGAGAGAGAGAGAGAGAGAGAGAGGAGAGAGAGAGAGAGAGUAGAGAGAGAGGAGAGAGAGAGAGAGAGAGAGACAGAGACAGAGACAGAGACAGAGACAGAGACAGAGACAGAGACAGAGACAGAGACAGAGACAGAGAGAGAGACAGAGAGAGAGAGAGCUCCUCCUUCCUUUGUGCUCUGUGGCUAUCACAGAGGAGAGAUCUGGGUUUGCUGUGGUCUGAUCUCUGCGCUGCUGUAUUCCUGCUCUGUAGCAGAACUGUUGCUGAGGCUGGGCUAAGACUGGGCUGGACUUGGGCUGCAGCCUGCAGUGUUUGCUGGGAAUAGGCUGCUGCUGUGGCCAUUCCUCUCAGGUGGUAGGUAACCUAUUUGGCCCCAGGCCUGGAUCUCUCCCUCUUUCUCUCUGAUGUGAAAUAUUGCUCCUUUCCUCUGCCACAUCCCACAGCAAAUCUCCCAGGGAAUGUUUCAAAAGACAGCAGAGGUAGACAGCAUGAAAGCUGCAUAUAAAACAGGCGAGGAUCCCCUUGGUGCAGAGGGAAACGUACUGUAAAGAUGUUGGAUGGGAUCCAGAGAGUUGGAACAGUUGUGUUUUAGUUCCAUGGUCAGUCUCUCUCCUUUGGCUGUGCCUCCUUUUUUUCUGCCUGUUUUUAUGUCCUGCCCCAGCCUGCCCUGGCCAUAGACACAUCCCAACACCUCUCCUCUUCCGAAGCUGCACAGGAACACGGCAUGGCCGACAGGAAAAAACACUAGUUACAACAUCUUUCAUGCUCAGGCAGAACAAUGCAGGGGUCCAGUGGAUGUAGUGGUGGAGUGGGCGGUCAAGCACGGUUUCCUAGUAUAAGCACACACUUACACUGAGGAAGAGCACUCUAUUAUGCCAGAGGAGGUACUUUUCAGAAAUCCAAUGUCUGUAAUGUAUAACAAUGAGGACAAUAGGCCUAUUCAGUUUAGUUCAAUCUUCUUGAGUACUUGCUUUGAAGUGAACCUACAGCCACCGGCUCUCUAAACAUCACAGCCUCUGCGUCUUUGGUUCCAGAGAGCAGUGAGUUCUGUGAGUGAUGCCCAGCAUGGACGGCUCCGUGUAGGUGGCACUUUCAUGGCUGUCUGGGUGUCACAGAGGCAUGAACCUCUGAGUGAAGCUUCCUAUACACACAAACACACCACUGACAUGGCAGGGACACAUGGGCAAUGGAGAGGACCUCAGCUUGCUCUCUAAGGCUUUACAGUGUGUCUGUGGUUAAGACUGCUACUGACAGACUACUAACAUUAGUAUUUAUAGUCGCUAUUAUAGUAAAACUAUGGCGGGGGUCAUUUCAAUAAAACUGUAACUGUGCCCUUAGUUAGUACCACAAUGACUCAGUCAAUUAAUCAUAGGUAAUACAUGUCAUUUGAAAAUGUCAAAGUUCAUCCCAAGCCCUGUGCAUGUCAGUUUGAGGGUUUGCGUUUCAGGCAUAUCCUCUGCAUAGUCUAAUUAACAGACAGGCUGGUCUGUCAGUAAGACAGCUUCAAUUUCAGCCCUAAGCAACUCUGAUCCCACAGCCACCUCUUCUCCUGAACUCGGCACUCACUUUACACUAUGUGCUAUGAAUAGGAAAUCACCACAAAUAACCUAACAAGUGAAACGUGCCUGAUAGGGAUGUAAUACACUGGGCCUCCUAGUGGAGCUACUAGCAAGUCUGUCUCAACGGGCUGCAGACAUUGUACCAUCCUCACACAGACUUCUUGCUCAUGAACCUACCGUAAAUAGCUGACAUAUUAGGAUGACCUUAUCAAGAAUGUUGUGUGAGCAGCACGCCCAGAUAAACUGGCAGUAAAAUGAUUAGGCAUAGCUACCUCUAUGAUGAAUGAUACACUCUCACAACCACCUGUUAACACAAACAGACCCAUUUGUUCUUGACUUGAUCACUCCUCAGCCUCCCAAUGUCAGAGAGCAUUUUGUCAGUUCAUAUAUUAUUCAAGUACUAUUGAACAAGGCUCUGGAGCCUCUACAGCUGGUAAUUGAGUUAUAUUGACUUCAGGAGCAGUGAACCUAUACAGUAACUUGUCUGAAUCUGACAUCAGGAGAUGGGAGGAGCUGUGUUAUGCCUCAGUACUUCAUUUGUAAUUAGUGUCAUUAUUUGUUUACCCAGCCCCUCGGGAAUACUAUGUUUUUAUCGAAGGGGCACGUUAAUUAAUUGUAGAAGGGCACAUUAAUUGAGAACUUUCCUCUGUUCUAAUGAACCUCAUUACAAAGAGAAAGCCCCUAUGGCCUCCUUGGAACGUAGAUUUCCCAUAAUCCCUCUUCCUGCUGAAGUUUCCAUGCGGCUUCCCGUUAUGCUCACUACAAUCUGUGUAACAGUGUGACCUUGGUCAUUGCCUGGGCAUUCCAUAACUGCCUCAGAUUCCUGCUUUAUCCUAAGGGAGCAACCACCUAGGUGCCCUUAAACUGUAAUGGAAUGUACUAUGAGUAGCGGUACUUGAGGCCAAAUAUUGGGCGAGCCUGGUUACAGAUGUAGGAUCUUAAUUUGAGCCAGUUUGCUACAGCAGGAAAAAAAUCCUGCAGCAACAGGAAAUGUGAAUUAUUAUGUGGAUUAUAAUUAAUGGACAUUUUUUGUAGUGGUUGAUACAUUUUCGGUUAGGGCAAAUGAAGUCUGACAUUUUAAAGUGGAAAUUACACAAACUUUAGAAGCCUUUUUAAACCUCGAAAACACUAUACGUUUGCAUUUCCUGCUCGGAAGGAAAAUUCUCAGCAACAAAAGAGUGAUCAAAUUAAGAUACUACAUCUGUAGAUAAGAGAAGCUGGUUGAUUUUCAUGUCAUGCCAGUGAACUGGAGCGGAUUGUAUUUCUUACAAAAACUGUUCCUGGCUGUAACAAUGUGAUGAUGUCAUGAGGAAAUGUGAGGUGUAAUUUGGAAAGCAUGGUUGUUCUCUGCUGAGUGAGUGUGUUAUCUAAUGGAUGUAAAUAUUAAGACGUUUUUGUCUGGAGGUCAGGACACCCUGUGUGUUUGUGUGUGUGUGGUGUGUGUGUGUGUGUGUGUGUGUGUGUGUGUGUGUGUGUGUGUGUGUGUGUGUGUGUGUGUGUGUGUGUGCGAGUGCAUGUGUGUGUGGGGGGGGGGUUUGUGUACGUGUGUGUGUGUGAGAGAGAGAGAGAAGGAAAAGCGAGAAAGAGAGAGAGUGGAUAUUUGAUCAUGAGGAAGCUCAUCUGGGGUAGCUCUGGUAUCUCUGCUCUGGGUCUUUGUGUUGGAGGUUAUGUGGAUGUGGAAAAGCUCUUGGUCGUAUUACAAGUCAUCUUAUGAAACAAGACAUGCCAGCCCCAGGGACAGUGUCAGACAAAGUGUUACUUGAGUGGCUGCUACAAAAAGGUCCUGCCUGUUAAGAUAGCUGCAAUUUCAUUGGCUGUGACAGGUUGUGUGGCAGGAAGUUGUCAUUUCCUCUCUGAGAGCCCAGCACUUAACUGAACCCUGGCUUCCUGUACGGCAGAUCCACUACAGAGGAAUGGUGGUGGUGGUGAGAUACUAGCAUGACCACUCAUGUCUAUGUCAUUGAUUUCCUUCUUUGCUGCCUCCACUGCAGGACAGAGUCCCGGGGCAUGUCCAAGCCACCGUCACCACCCAGUCAGAGGCCCCCCAGUAUGGUCAGCCAGACUUCCAAGGCUGUGACCUCAUCAACAGUGGACACCACCUCAGGGUCAAAGGUGAGAAAACGGCUCUCUUUUAUGAGCAAGCAUUGUUUACUCAGUGUUUUUCAUUUGUUUGGGUCUAUUCCACAACAGUGUUGCAGCAAUUAGGUCCAGUGAUUGCAGUGUAAAGCGUUUGAAUUUAUAUUGUUUCUAAGGGUACUGGGAGACUGUUAAUGCUCAUGCUGGAGAAUUGGUUUCAUCUCCUCCAGAACACUCUCUCUCAGUUUGAUUAACAUCAACUGACAUUGGCAGUCCAGUACUCACAUGACACCCAGCAGCCCAUCUGUAAAGUGAUUUAGUGGCUCUUCCUUGGCCCUUCCCAGGCCACAUACGCCUGACUGUCUCCAGCUUCCAGAAAAAGCCUGCCAGCCUCCUCUCCCUUCUCCCCCUGUGGCCCAGCUCUCCCAGGCAGAGAGGGGUGGCCAUGCUGGGUGGCAUGACAUGGCUAUCUGCCAACUCACUAUCGCCUCUCCAGUCUGACUGACUGGUGUUGACAUUAGUGAGUGUAGAAACAGCACACGCCUGCCUGCCUGGCUGGCUGUAAAAUGACCUCCUGGCUGUCUCAGUAAUGCUUCAGGCGUGUGAGCGAGAGACAGCAUUGUGUCAGCAUCAUAUGAGCUGUCUCAAACCGAUCAAUCCUGCCAGAACCCACAUGUCCAGUCAACCUAUCAACACAAUCACAGUACCACAACACUCUUCAGCUACACACAGCUCCCAAACACAUGCACUGACUUUGACUGGGACCCUAAGCACUGCACUAGGCAUAUAAGUAUUCUUAUAGAACAGUGCCUCUUCAGUUGUGAAAGUACCUCUAAGGUUGUUGUACCUGUGUUAGAAGCAGCACUUCAUCAGACCUCAUGUCAACGUGUUGUCUGCUAUCAGAGGUGCCAGUCAUUUCAAGCAGAGUGGCAGGCAGGGCAUGAUUGAUGACCACUUGCUCAUUCUCAGUGAUAAGUAGAGUAUAGAUUUGCUUUAACAUUCACUGUCUCUCGAUGUAUACUAUAAGGGGAACGUUGAGUUUCCAACCACAGUACAGUGAAUAUGUGACUACACAAUGCUUUCUAAUAUCUGCUCAACUUAAAUAAGGCUGUGCUCUUGAUGGCUCUCCUGACAAACAUGGUGUAGAUUUCCUAGUGCUCUGCAUGCUUAGCUGGCCGUACAGUAGCUUCAAUAAUUAGUGCAUGUUUUUGCCAGCUGUGGAGGAGGAAACAGCAAAUGGAAGCCUGACUCAACUGUUGCUAGGAUGCAAUCUGAUUUGGCUUAGUUGAGCAUUCAUCUAAAAUCAUCUGUGAGAUUCAGAGGAGGGAGAAAACCAGUGGGCCUUGAAAAUGUGCCUCAUCAAAUCUUAAUGUAUGAUUAUAAUACUGUAUUCCCAUUUGGGUGAAGUGUGCUUGUUUGUCAUAUGAUGUGCUGAAAUUAUAAGGUUAAAGCUAAAUCAAAUAAGAAAAAGAUAAAUAAACACGAAGGAGAAAGUUGAUCAAAUUAUAUGUUUAAAAAAUAACUGACUUCAAACAUUUGUGGGCCCCAGUCUCAAAAUCGAAAUGGUUGUUUUUAACCUUAAUCUGAACAUCAAACAUACAGUAACGCCUAAUGAUCUCUUUAUAAUAAUAAUAAUAAUAAUAAUAAUAUGCCAUUUAGCAGACGCUUUUAUCCAAAGCGACUUACAGUCAUGUGUGCAUAAAUUUUUACGUAUGGGUGGUCCCGGGGAUCGAACCCACUACCCUGGCGUUACAAGCGCCAUGCUCUACCAAUUGAGCUACAGAGGACCAUCUUUAAACAUGGGACACAAUGGUCAUAUUGUUUUCAAAUCAAAUCAAAUCAAAUGUUAUUUGUCACAUACACGUGUUUAGCAGUGUAGCGAAAUGCUUGUACAUGCUCCUGUUUCCCAGCUCCUACUGGUUGUGUCUGUAAUACCGCAUUUCUUUCACACAGCUCCUUACCAUUGAGCCCCCUGGGCAGCUAAUAGCAGCUGGUGUUUAAAGGAAACCCCAUUCAUAACCAACGUGUUUGUUUUGCCAGCCGCAGGGCUCCAGGAGUAGUGGCAAGGUACACAGCUUCGGCAAGAGGGACCACGCCAUCAAGAGGAACCCCAAUAUCCCUGUGGUGGUCAGGGGAUGGCUCUACAAACAGGUGAGCCCUCCACAUCACCCCAUCUCAGUCACUGUAGCUACUGGAUGGUUCAGCGUAAUCUCUGUAGUUAUGGCUAAGAGUACAACUCAAUCACUGUAGCUAUAGCUAAGGGCAGUGUGUUGGGGUCUUAUGGUAAACUGUCCUCCACUCUAACGGGAGCACACAUAAAUCUCAGGUCAAUAUUACAUCUCUGUCAUGUUAUGUCAUGUCAUUUACAGUGGCCUUUCACUUAAUGCAUGAUUCAGGAUAGGUAAUGAUGAGAGUCCACGUCUAUGAGAAUGUACUACAGUAUUAAUGACUGUGACCUUGUGGACUCUAGCUGAGUAAACAGGGAACGACAGUCAUCAUUUGUCAUUAUGGAUCUCUAUUUACCUAGAGGAUGGAGGGACGGAGGGAGCAUGAGAGAGAUGUCUCUUUAGGGGUGAGGUAUUAGAGGACGACACCCAGGGUGAUUAUCUCCUGUUGACUGAUGCCCCCUGGCACGGCUGGCACAGGGGUGUAACACCCCUGAGGCAGGCCAGAGGGGAUGAGACUUAAGACCCUGACAUGGUAACACGCCAUCGACUCAUAAGGAGUGUUUAGACAGACAGACAGUGGAAUGAUGGUUGCAGAACACUGUCGAUGUGCCCUUGAGCAAGGCACUUAAUCCUAAUUGCUCCUGUAAGUCGCUCUGGAUAAGAGCGUCUGCUAAAUGACUAAAAUGUAAAUGUAGAACACUAAUGAAUCCUUCAUAACAGGAUUCUGAUUAGGGAGAGUUAGUUAGACCUAUUGGAGCUCCUAUCAUGAAAUGAACACUGUUCUGUUCAGGGGGAACACUUGAAUGGAAUUCAAUUACUGGCUGUUCUAAUACAAUGUAUGACGUUUCUUGUGCUUUCCUUCUCCCUGUAAAUGGGUACUUUAGCCUAUAUUCCCCAGCUAUGGUUUUUAAUUAAAAUGUGCAUUAGAAUGUGAUGUUGUAUUGCUGAGAGGGCUUAAAUUCCAUGUUGUGUUUCCCUCUCCAGGACAGCUCUGGAAUGAGACUGUGGAAGAGGAAGUGGUUUGUGUUGUCCGACUACUGCUUGUUUUAUUACAAAGGUGAGUCACACAGGCACACCGGGCCAGGGUUUAAUUGAGACUAAUUAAAAUAGUCCCAGGGUGAAUUGAUUUGGUUAUGAAAUCCGAGCCAGUCCUCUUAAUUCCAAGUCGUCUGCUUCUUAGUGGAGCUAAACCUUUCAAUCAGAGAGACAUGACUGCAAUUAGACAACGUUCUGUUCUGCCACAGGCUAUUCUCUCUCCUCUUCUGUCUCUUUCUAUCUCUAUUUUCCUCUUUCUUUCACCUCUCCUCCAUUCAUCACACUGAGCUAGAGAUAAGCCUCCUGUCCUGCUGCCUGCCACCACAUGGGGAGCACAGCGGCUCCUUGAAUCAUGCUUGAAUUAAGUCUCACCAAUUACAUUUCCUACAGUCACGAAUCACCAUGCCUCUGCAGGAACAUAAUGGUGCAUUGAUGAAGCAGUUAUGCCAUGCUAUUUAUAAACCGGUAGAAUCAUUAAGGUAGUCAAGGCAGUGGGCCAGCGGUGAGGUGUGUGUGGUGGGUUGUUAUGUAUUGUGUGAUAAUGAUCACUUGCUUGUGUGUGUGUGUGUGUGUGUGUGUGUGUGUGUGUGUGUGUGUGUGUGUCCCUCUAGACAGCAGAGAGGAGACAGUCUUGGGGAGCAUCCCUCUGCCCAGUUAUGUCAUCACCCCUGUGGAGCCUGAUGACCACAUCAGCCGCAAGUAUGCCUUCAAGGUAAGUCUAGAGGGUAAGGGUGGGAACUAGCUAGUCACCUAAGGGAAAAUACUGUUACUAGCUACUCACAGUCCAACCAAGCUGCAUGAAUUCAGAACCAGACUACACAUAUGAAGGAGGUUUUCAACUGUGAAGGAAAUGCUAACUAACAGCCAUUAGAUAAAGUUGCUACACCUUGGUUACAGAGUUCGACAGUCACACAGCCAGGGGCCUGUGUGGGCGAGCCAGACAAAGUGUGCAGUGCUCCCUCUGAUUGGUGUCAGACUGGUGGGCUGUUAUAACACUCCAUUCUUACCACAUCAGUCUGGAUCCUUUCUUUAAAAGCACAGAGAUUAAUCAAAAAACCUAUACAGUCUAGACCAAGUUGAUUAUGGCACCAGACUGGCUCUUCCUAAUGUCUGCUUUGGCUUGGCCUGGCAUGCUAUGUCGCUUUGACCUGUGAGCUUUCAGUGUGGGCCCUUCAUGCAAACCCAUUUAAUUCACAAUAACACUAAGUGGGCAAUGUCACACUUACCUGUACCUCUCAUCUGCUAUUUCAUAACACACAUGCACCAAACACUUGAGGCCUGUAGGUCUCAAUAAUGUACUCCAGUAGGUAUCUUAUCCUGGUCUGAGGUACAGCGUCUGUCACUUUAAAGGUCUGUUUUGAAGCUGUGUUACUGUGCUGCUCUGCUCUCUGGCCCCUCCCCUGUCCUGUCAGUCAGUCAGCAGGCCCCAGUCAUCACCAGUAGAGCUGUGGGAUAGCAGCACUCUGUACCCCCACCACACUCCUCCCAGCCCCUCUCCUCUCCACACUCCUCCCAGCCCCUCUCCUCUCCACACUCCCAGCCCCUCUCCUCUCCGCUCCUCCCAGCCCCUCUCCUCUCCGCUCCUCCCAGCCCCUCUCCUCUCCGCUCCUCCCAGCCCCUCUCCUCUCCACACUCCUCCCAGCCCCUCUUCUCUCCACACUCCUCCCAGCCCCUCUUCUCUCCACACUCCUCCCAGCCCCUCUCCUCCAAGCCCCUCUCCUCUCCACCACUCCUCCACAAGCCCCCUCUCCUCACAAUCUCCCCUCUCCUCUCCACACUCCUCCCAGCCCCUCUCCUCUCCACCUCCAGCCUCCCAGCCCCUCUCCCUCUCCCACUCCUCCAAGCCCCUCUCCUCCAAGCCCCUCUCCUCUCCACACUCCACCCCCAGCCACACUCCUCCCAGCCCUCUCUACCAAGCCCCAUUCUCCUCCCACACUCUCCAAGCCCCUCUCCUCCCCACACUCCUCCCAGCCCCUCUCCUCCAAGCCCCUCUCCUCUCCACACUCCUCCAGCCCCUCUCCUCCAAGCCACUCUCCCCCCACACUCCUCCAGCCCCUCUCCUCCAAGCCCUCUCCUCUCCACUACCUCCCAGCCCCUCUCCUCUCCAUCUACACACUCCUCCAGCCCCUCUCCUCUCCACACUCCUCCCCUCUCCUCCAAGCCCCUCUCCUCUCCACACUCCUCCCAGCUCCUCUCCUCCAAGCCCCUCUCCUCUCCACACUCCUCCCAGCCCCUCUCCUCCAAGCCCCUCUCCUCUCCACACUCCUCCCAGCCCCUCUCCUCUCCACACUCCUCCUCUCUCCUCUCCACCACUCCUCCCAGCCCCUCUCCUCUCCUCUCCACACUCCUCCUCUCUCCUCUCCACACUCCUCCCAGCCCCUGUCCACUCCACACUCCUCCCCUCUCCUCCCAGCCCCUGUCCACUCCACACUCCUCCCAGCCUCUCUCCUCCAAGCCCCUCUCCUCUCCACACUCCUCCCAGCCCCUCUCCUCCAAGCCCCUCUCCUCUCCACACUCCUCCCAGCCCAUUUCCUCUCCACACUUCUCUUCUUUCUCUGGGCCUACAUGGGAACAUCAUUAUCUCUCUACUCAGUAUGGCUGUGGGGGAGUAAACUCAAACGCUCUGAAUUCCUCUGCUGUUUGAUUGUAUCUGGUCCAGGGAUGUUUCCUCUUGCAGACAUACAGUAGAACAUAGGAAACCAGUUUGUUUAUGCCUUAUUAACUAUUAAUGAUGACAUGCACCACAUUGAAUACGUUUACAUACACACUCAUAAUUCGAUAUUAAACUGAUUAUGGCAGUAGACAGAUUAUGCAAUAGUCAAGUAAAUACCUUUCUCUAUUUAUCUUAAUCGGCUUAAGGUCAAAAUCGAAGUAAGCAUACGCGAUUAAAACACCUGGUUUUCUGAGCAAUCUUUCGAAUUAGUAACACUUAAUCGGCGUUCCAGCAGUGUAUUUGAUCUGCGCGUGCUAGCACCAGCCCAGCGAGCCUCCCUCUUUAGCGCGAGUGAAGUGAGUUCGGAACAACUGAAUGUAUGCGUCUUAGAAGUAGUUUUCACAUACAAACUUUAUACAGUGGAGAAAAAAAGUAUUUAGUCAGCCACCAAUUGUGCAAGUUUUCCCACUUAAAAAGAUGAGAGGCCUGUAAUUUUCAUCAUAGGUACACGUCAACUAUGACAGACCAAAUGGUGAGAAAAAAAAUCCAGAAAAUCAAUUGUAGGAUUUUUAAUGAAUUUAUUUGCAAAUUAUGUGAAAAUAAGAAUUUGGUCACCUACAAACAAGCAAGAUUUCUGGCUUCACAGACCUGUAACUUCUUCUUUAAGAGGCUCCUUGUCCUCCACUCGUUACCUGUAUUAAUGGCACCUGUUGAACUGUAUCAGUAUAAAAGACACCUGUCCACAACCUCAAACAGUCACACUCCAAACUCCCACUAGGCCAAGACCAAAGAGCUGUCAAGGACACCAGAAACAAAUUGUAGACCUGCACCAGGCUGGGAAGACUGAAUCUGCAAUAGGUAAGCAGCUUGGUUUUAAGAAAUCAACUGGGAGCAAUUAUUAGGAAAUGGAAGACGUACAAGACCACUGAUAAUCUCCCUCGAUCUGGGGCUCCACGCAAGAUCUCACCCCGUGGGGUCAAAAUGAUCACAAGAACGGUGAGCAAUAAUCCCAGAACCACACGGGGGGACCUAGUGAAUGACCUGCAGAGAGCUGGGACCAAAGUAACAAAGCCUACCAUCAGUAACACACUACGCCGCCAGGGACUCAAAUCCUGCAGUGCCAGACGUGUCCCCCUGCUUAAGCCAGUACAUGUCCAGGCCCGUCUGAAGUUUGCUAGAGUGCAUUUGGAUGAUCCAGAAGAGGAUGGGAGAAUGUCAUAUGGUCAGAUGAAACCAAAUAGAACUUUUUGGUAAAAACUCAACUCGUCGUGUUUGGAGGACAAAGAAUGCUGAGUUGCAUCCAAAGAACACCAUACCUACUGUGAAGCAUGGGGGUGGAAACAUCAUGCUUUGGGGCUGUUUUUCUGCAAAGGGACCAGGACGACUGAUCCGUGUAAAGGAAAGAAUGAAUGGGGCCAUGUAUCGUGAGAUUUUGAGUGAAAACCUCCUUCCAUCAGCAAGGGCAUUGAAGAUGAAACGUGGCUGGGUCUUUCAGCAUGACAAUGAUCCCAAACACACCGCCCGAGCAACGAAGGAGUGGCUUCGUAAGAAGCAUUUCAAGGUCCUGGAGUGGCCUAGCCAGUCUUCAGAUCUCAACCCCAUAGAAAAUCUUUGGAGGGUUGAAAGUUCGUGUUGCCCAGCGACAGCCCCAAAACAUCACUGCUCUAGAGGAGAUCUGCAUGGAGGAAUGGGCCAAAAUACCAGCAACAGUGUGUGAAAACCUUGUGAAGACUUACAGAAAACGUUUGACCUGUGUCAUUGCCAACAAAGGGUAUAUAACAAAGUAUUGAGAAACUUUUGUUAUUGACCAAAUACUUAUUUUCCACCAUAAUUUGCAAAUAAAUUCAUCAAAAAUCCUACAAUGUGAUUUUCUGGAUUUUUCUUCUCAUUUUGUCUGUCAUAGUGAGUUGUACCUAUGAUGAAAAUUACAGGCCUCUCUCAUCUUUUUAAGUGGGAGAACUUGCACAAUUGGUGGCUGACUAAAUACUUUUUCUCCCCACUGUAUGUCUGAACUCAGAAUCAAAUAUGCUUACCAAAAACAACAUGGUCGCUGUGGUUGAACGUUUAUUUUGAUUGCUGAUUUUCUGCAUUUAUCAGUGCCGUCAGGUAGCCUGAUUUCAGAUGUGUCCAUGUAAACAGGAUUAUUAUGGAAAUCGUUCUUCUUGCAAAGCACGUAAAUGUUUUAAUCAAACUAUUAUAUUAAUCUGACUAUCCACAGUAAUCACAUUAUUGUGUGCAUGUAACCACACUCAUUGUUUUAUUGUUUCUCGCCUCAGUUGAAAGCAGGGUAAAGGAUCCUCCCUGUGGGUAGUGGAGGGUAAUAGAAUAUUUUCACAUUUCAAUCAGUAUGUGUGACAGACAGAGUAGACAGUACGAAUAGGUUUCUCUGCUGGGUCAGAGCCAUGGUGUUGACAAUAACCAUCUCCAUAUCUUUCUCAGUGAGAGCAGAGGACCCUUUAUGAAGAACAAUACAGGGUGAAUGUUUGAUGUGCUAGUUUGACGGCAUUCAAUUGCAGUCCUUUCAUAUAUUUUGUGCUUGGCUUUUUGUUCCUCCUGGGUGUGUGUACUGUGUGUAUGUGUAUGCGUGUGCGUGUGUGUGCGUGUGCGUGCGUGUGUGUGUGUGUGUGUGUGUGGUGCAGGUCUGGGUAUUACCCCUGCAGCUCACAUUACACACAAUGGAAUUUGUAUAACGAUUGUUGCCAGGGGAAAGAUUAAUUAUACAUUGAAGCUAUUUUCUAGCGUCUUCCUCGUAUUCAUCUACUCUAGCUCUCUCAUGACUCUAUCUAUAUCUCUUCCUGACUCUACUCUCUCAUCUCUCUCUUCUCUCUCUCUCUCUCUCUCUCAUCUCUCCUCUCUCUCUCUCUCCUCUCUCAGCUACUCUUCUCUCUCCUCCUCCUCUCUCUGUCCUGCCCUCUCUCUUCUGAACUCUCUCUCUCUUUCUCUCUCUCCGUCCGCCUCUCUCUGCCCAGGGAGGGAAUGUAUAUCACGGUUAGGUGAGAGGUUCCUGCUCUCAAUACUGUUCUGCUAAUUAUCCAGCGCAUGUAUUUAAGAGGUCUCUGUUCCGCUCAGCCCUCUCUCCUCUCUCUCUCUCUACCCUCUCUCUCUUUCUCUCUCUCUCUCUCUAGGUAAUCACAUAUUCCAGACCAGGAUCUUUCAUUAGACAUUGUCAAAGUUCAGUUAACUGUUAACUGGCUCAACAGAAUGCAUGAGGCACUAAAGACCAGAGUUUCCCAUCCCAUCCUAGCCUUACCUGAAAAUCCAGUAGACCCCCAGCCUAUGGCCAACUACGUUCUCUUCAGCCAUUUGCUCUCUCCAGAGUGUGGUGUUGUGGUGUAUUGCUGUAGUGUUGUGUUUGCUAGUGUGGGUCUGUAUUUUAGUCUGCUUGCUGCUUCCUCCGGUUCUAACAACAGCAAUGUUAAUCUACACUGAACAAAAAUAUAAAUGCAACAUGUAAAGUGUUGGUCCCAUGUUUCAUGAGCUGAUAUAAAAGAUCCCAGACAUUUUCCAUAUGCACAAAAAGUGUGUUUCUCUCAAAUGUUUUUCCCAAAUUUGUUUACAUCCCUGUUAGUGAGCAUUUCUCCUUUGCCAAGAUAAUCCAUCCACCUGACAGGUAUCAAGAAGCUGAUUAAACAGCUUGAUCAUUACACAGGUGCACCUUGUGCUGGGGACAAUAAAAGGCCACCCUAAAAUGUGCAGUUUUGUCACACAACACAAUGCCACAGAUGUCUCAAGUUUUGAGAGAACGUGCAAUUGGCAUGCUGACUGCAGGAAUGUCAGAGAAUGUAAUAUUUAUUUCUCUACCGUAAGCAGCCUCCCAAUGUCGUUUUAGAGAAUUUGGCAGGACGUCCAACCGGCCUCACAACCGCAGACCACGUGUAUGGCAUCGUGUGGGCGAGCGGUUCUCUGUCAACGUUGUGAACAGAGUGCCCCAUGUUGGCGGUGGGGUUAUGGUAUGGGCAGGCAUAAUCUAUGGACGACGAACAAAAUUACAUUUUAUCGAUGGCAAUGUGAAUGCACAGAGGUACCGUGACGAGAUCCUGAGGCCCAUUGUCGUGCCAUUCAUCCGCCACCAUCACCUCAUGUUUCAGCUUGAUAAUGCGUGGCCCCAUGUCGCAAGGAUCUGUACACAAUUCCUGGAAGCUGAAAAUAUCCCAGUUCUUCCAUGGCCUGCAUACUCACCAGAUAUUUCACCCAUUGAGCAUGUUUGGGAUGCUCUGGAUCGACGUGUACGACAGCGUGCUCCAGUUCCCGCCAAUAUUCAGCAACUUCGCACAGCCAUUGAAGAGGAGUGGGACAACAUUCCACAGGCCACAAUCAACAGCCUGAUCAACUCUAUGCGAAGGAGAUGAGUUGUGCUGCAUGAGCCAAAUGGUGGUCACACCAGAUACUGACUGCUUUUCUGAUCCACGCCCCUACCUUUUUUAAAAGGUAUCUGUGAUCAACAGAUGCAUAUCUGUAUUCCCAGUCAUGUGAAAUCCAUAGAUUAGGGCCUAAUUUAUUUAUUUCAAUUGACUGAUUUCCUUAUAUGAACUGUAACUCAGUAAAAUCUUUGGAAUUGUUGCAUGUUGCGUUUAUAUUUUUGUUCAGUAUAAUUCACUCUCUCUGAGUUGAUGACUAGCCAGCCGAGAACAGCAGAGAGACACUUCUGUUUUCUGGAGCCAGUCAAUGACCUUUACCCUCCUGUUCUGUUUGCUCUUCUCACUGUGUUUAUCUCUCGUGUGUUCCUAUUGGUUGAAUGGCCUCCUGUUGUGACUGUGUACUGGUGGAGCGAGCGCCGCUCCCCCCGGACAGCCGUCCUGAAACACGCUGGCGGGCCCCUCUUGCAUGAAUAGGUAUUUUAUUUUCCUUCAUCCUCCUCAGAGGACCGUCACCUAGCUUCGUCAUCCGUGCUCAUAGUCUACUUUUCAUUUGCCAAACCAAUUGAAGAAUGCACAUUUAGAUUAGAUGAUGAUUUUUCCCACAUCAAUCACGGAUGGAUGGACAAUGCCAGUGCGUCUCCAAAUAUUCAGGUAGGCUAAUUUCACUGAACGUUUGCCUUUGAAGCCAACCUUGGUUCUUGGUAUAACUGUAACAAGUGUCAAAUGAACUGUUGGAUGACUUAAAGUUCAUAUGGAACCACCCAUCAGUCAAAGCCUGAUACACAUCGGUUGUUGUGAGGGUUUAGACUGUAGCACUGGUAUUUGGCCCUGCCUCCUCCAUGUCAGUCAUCAGGACACUGUCAUCACCAUGUGAACCGUGGGAUAGCAGGGUCUCACACUGGGCUGGGCCAUCCUCCUCUCAUCCUCCUCCCAUCCAUCUCUUUUCCACACUCCUCUCCAGUUUCACUGCCUUUCUUUCUGUUGGCCUCAUCACCAUCGCAUUCAACAAACAUUCAGUCUAUCUAGCCACAUCUAGCUAUACCAGACUGUAUAUCAAUGUUUCUGUUGUAUUGUACAACCAGGCCAUAUCAUUUAGUGCCAUGGAACUGGCUCAUUGAUUAAUAUGUUUUGUAAUGCAUUUGUUUUGUAAUGUAUAGGACAUUUACAGUAUUAGGCAAGACUGCCUUCUCGUCUUGUGCACCACAGGCAUGGUAUAGUCUACAAUCCAUGCCUCAUCUAGAUAUGUUAGUGCCACUGAAUUAUUAUUAUUUUUUGAUGGGAGACUGUUACAGAGGAGUGUAAAUGCUUUUUUUAGGCUGGAUCAUGUUGUUGAAUUGUAUUGUUGUGUUGUGUUUUAAUUCUGGCCUCCCUUGAAAAAGAGACUCUGGGUCUCAAUGGGCUUUUCCUGGUUAAAUAAAGGUUAAAUAAAAAUAAAUACACAUUUCGGAAUGUUUUUUUUUUAGAUUGGUUUUUAUUCGACUCAUUGGCAUGGUUUCUAUUAGUGGAAUAGGUCCUGGAAGUUAAAGUGUGAUGUCUGUCUAUCGGUUGAUACUCUGCCUCAAAAGCUCUCUGGUUCUUAAAGUCAAGAUCAGCCUGUCGAUAAAUCACACAGGUUCAUUACCCAAUGAACGCUUAAGACCAGACCCCCCUAAUGUUAUGUCAAGAGAGCCUUAAAAUAGAGCCCUCAAGUCUUCCAUGCUAAAGAGGGGAGAGAGCUGGGUAGUAGCAGAGGUUCCUCCAUUUAUACUUGCCUUAAAAUCACACUAUUUUUGUGAAAGAGGAACUGUGGAAAGUGAGUAGCUGUUCCGACACGAAACAUCCCCACAUUGUUGAUGUGUGUGGUAGACUGCAGAGCUGGUGAGUGUGGAUGUGGACCCUAUGCCAUGGGUCUGGGUCUGGCCUGUCCAUUCAGCACUUUUCUCUGGGGGAUUCAGUUGAGAUCACGCUGGCACUAUGCUGCUGGAUAAUACAGGACUCUGCAAUCAAAACAGGCUUUGUUAACCCCGCAGCCAAGUAAGAUCGCUACAGCUGAUCACAAGAUACAAUACAAUACUAAACAGAAACACGACAUGAUGGUGGAUGCACCUGUUGCACACUAAAGAGAGGUUUUCAGUGAUUUAGAAUGGAUUGCUGUUUGUUUGUAAAUGGAGGAUGGAUUCCUGCUAGACAUAGGUUGCAUUCCAAAUUGCAUCCUAAUUCCUAUAGGGCUCUGGUCAAAAGCAUUGCACUGUAUAGGGAAUAGGGUGCCAUUUGGGAUGCAUUCUGAGACUGCAAGGCUGUACCCAGACUCUGAGAGUUAUUAUACAUCAGGAUAGAUGGAAGGAUAUUGUACCAGAUAGUACAGGAAUGUACUACUUUGAAGAGUUGUGCAAUAGUUGCAGGCAAAAUCAUGGUCUGGGACUAUGCAUGGACUAACAUGCUGGGCAGUACUGGAUGAUACAGGUUGUAUUGUAAUGGGAAAGGCAGUAGAAUGGUUUGGAGAGCAGAAAGCUGUAUAAAGGUCUUAGCUGUGCUGGAGGACUGGGCAGUGUAGUAGUUUGGGGUGGAACUGUGCUGGGAAAAUGCUGAUCUGUGUUGUAAUUGGACAGUAGGUUGUCAGUGGCAGCGUUGCCCCCCUAUCAGGGCAGGAUGGGGGAGAUUAGGCAUGCGUUGGGGCGUUGGGGUGGGUUUGCAGCCAGACAGGGGAACAGGGGGCCAGAUUUACAGUAGGGGCCAGACAGGAGGGCAAGCCCAUUACACUAUACUGUAGAGACGGAGCUACUCUAGCCUGAAGCAACCAGGGACCAGGGUAAGGCUAAUUAUGAGGUUGCUCUUUGUGUGUGUGUGUUGUGCUUGUCUCAGUGUGUGUUUGUACUGCGUAUGUCUCUCGUGUGCAUAUGGGUGAGAGGUUGUGCUCUGUAACAAUGCUAUAGCUAGGCAAAGUGGGUACGCUAUGUUGAGUUACUGUAACUUUGUAUGAAAUUAGUUUGUGCCCAAGGGUAUUAAUGAGGAAUUUGCUGUGCAUUGGGACUUGUGAAACACUUCAAAUAUACGGCAUAAACUGGCUGCUUGUCUAACUUUAAAACCAAUGCUUCUUCAUGCGUGGCCUGUUGCAUGAACAGCUUUAGUGUAGAGACAAUGGUGCCUCUUGCUUUUGUUAUUACUUUAGUAAGUUCUGGUGAUGGCUUUGAGUCCCAUUGUGAGCUAAUAUGCUAACGUGCUCUCUCUGAGUCUUCAUUUUCAGAACGUACCCUUUGACCCCUCAACCCAUCCAUCCCCUCUCCCUUCUUUAUUUUUGUUCUGUCUCUUCUAUUCUCUCUCCACAGGCGAGCCACACAGGAAUGCGCUCCUACAUUUACAAUAAGAACUCUGUGAUUGGCUCGCAGGCAGAGCACUGUGGGAUGAGGACAUACUUCUUCAGUGCCGACACGCAGGAGGACAUGAAUGGCUGGAUCCGAGCCAUGAACCAGGCUGCUCUCAUGCAGAGUCAAGGCAUCAAGAGGUUAGUCCCUCCCUCCCGCCAGGCAGGCUGUCCCUAGUUAUCCCCAAUAGUCUCAUCUGUAGUUAUCCCAUUAGUCUCCUCUGUAGUUAUCCCCAAUAGUCUCCUCUGUAGUUAUCCCCAAUAGUCUCAUCUGUAGUUAUCCCCAAUAGUCACCUCUGUAGUUAUCCCCAAUAGUCACCUCUGUAGAUAUCCCCAAUAGUCUCCUCUGUAGUUACACCCAAUAGUCUCCUCUGUAGUUAUCCCCAAUAGUCUCCUCUGUAGUUAUCCCCAAUAGUCAGCUCUAUAGUUAUCCCCAAUAGUCUCCUCUGUAGUUAUCCCCAAUAGUCUCAUCUGUAGUUAUCCCCAAUAGUCGCCUCUGUAGUUAUCCCCAAUAGUGUCCUCUGUAGUGUUACACCCAAUAGUCUCCUCUGUAGUUAUCCCCAAAAAUCCCCUCUGUAGUUACACUCAAUAGUCUCCUCUGUAGUGUUACACCCAAUAAUCACCUCUGUAGUUAUCCCCAAUAGUCUCCUCUGUAGUGUUACACCCAAUUGUCUCCUCUGUAGUUAUCCCCAAUAGUCUCAUCUGUAGUUAUCCCCAAUAGUCAGCUCUAUAGUUAUCCCCAAUAGUCUCAUCUGUAGUGACACCCAAUAGUCACCUCUGUAGUUAUCCCCAAUAGUCACCUCUGUAGUGUUACACCCAAUAGUCUCCUCUGUAGUUAUCCCCAAUAAUCCCCUCUGUAGUUACACUCAAUAGUCUCCUCUGUAGUGUUACACCCAAUAAUCACCUCUGUAGUUAUCCCCAAUAGUCCCCUCUGUAGUUAUCCCCAAUAGUCCCCUCUGUGGUGUCCCCAAUAGUUUCCUCUGUAGUGUCCCAAAUAGUCUCUUCUGUAUUUAUCCCCAAUAAUCCCCUCUGUAGUGUCCCCAAUAGUCUCAUCUGUAGUUAUUCCCAAUAGUAUCCUCUGUAGUUAUCCCCAAUAGUCCCCUUUGUAGUUGUCCCUACAGUAGUCCCCUCUGUAGUUGUCCCCAAUAGUCCCCAGUAAACCCAAUGCCUCCUAGUCCAAACAGGGAUCCACCAGUAUCUCUCCCAGUAGACCUUUUCAACUCACCUCUGCCUCCCUCUCUCUUCCUAUCACCUUCUCAGCACCAAAGCAAACACAUUUUUCCCAAUCUGAUCUUUAUCAUGUGCCUGUAGUAACAUUAGCAAAGUGCCUAACUGUUGGGGUUGUACGUGGGAGUGUACCUGGCCUUGCUUGGCAUGGUUUUGGCAUGGCAUGGUUUAGCAUGGCCUGCUUGGCUGGGACUCAGUGAGCAGUCAUCCAUGGCAGGGCAGGCGUAGCACUACUCUGAUAGUCUACUCUCCUGUGCUGUGGGAUGGAUGAGAUGUUGAGUACUGCAGCUGGCUGCUGUAUGGAUGAGUGCUCCAUCCUGCUCCUGCUGCCAGCUGAGCAUGGGCCAGUCACAGGGCACAGACACGGUCCCUCCCUCUACUCCCUCACAUGGCACAAACACAACUGCGUCCCAAAUGGCACCCUGUUCCCUAUAUAGUGCACUACUGAUUAGAGCCCCAUGGGCCCUGGUCAAAAGUAGUGCACUAUAUAGGGAAUAGAGUGCCAUGUGGGACGAGGCCAUUCACACACCCUCCUCCAUCACAGAGCACAGUCACCUGCCCAUUAUUGGCCAUUGUAACAAACCUACUGGUAGCCUUGACUUAAUUUGUGUUGUUAAUAAAUCUAUUUAAAUUAGUGUCAGCAUUAGAUGAACACUGGACAGGUUUAUGUAUAGCUAUUUCAAUUAAAAGGAGAAAAAGUAACGGUUUGGUCAGAUGAAUGACACAGCUUGUGGUGUAGUAGAAAUGAAGUGUACACUGAACAUACAGGAUGUGGUUGAUCUGGACUGGCAUGCUACAGCUGAGAGGGAAGGCUGGAUCUGAUGUUUUGUCAAACAAUUCCAUCUAGUGGCCAACGCUGCUCAGUGCUCGUUAGCGGCUGCAAGGAAAGCUAUUUCUCCUGAAAAACAUUGUCUAAAUCUACUGCUAGUGCUACAUUAUCAUGUAUCAUAAUGGAUGUCAGCAUUAUCAGGUUAGUCAGCAAGCUAGAACUUGGAAUCCCAGUAGAACAUUAGCUAACACUCAUUAUGUCUGAUGGAGAGAAUAUGCUCUGAACUUUGAAACUGAGUUAAAAACUGUCCGAAGAGGACCUGCCUUGACGUGUAUAGUGUUGGUCUGGGAAUCAGAUAAAUGAUAUCUCAGAUGAAUGACUCCAUGCAGAGGGAGAGAGUGGGACAAAUGAAUGAUCAGCUCCAUCACUAGAGCUAUUACACAGAGUCAUGGAUGAAGAAGCUACCCCGAGCUAUAUGUUUAAAGACAAAAUGGCUGUCAUUUAGACUCUCAAGGGGAACCCAGCCAGCCUCCUCUCCAAAUAACCUCACUUAGUUACACUCCCCUCUCCAUGAAAAUAUGUGGGUGUUAAAAACAUAUUGAAAACCCCUCCCUGUAGUCUCCCUUCCCUCUUUGGAGGAACUCAGUAAUGAAUAAAGGACAUUUGAAUGCUUUCACUAGUAUCACUCAAGUGGGAAAUAGCAUUGAGAGUCAGAGUCAGCUCAGGUUAAUGGAGGUGUCCAUGUUGGCUUUUUAUCUACAGCAUAAUACCUUCUAAUCCCCUGUUUCAAGUGUUCAGCUGUACUUUACCAUAAUGUAGUCACCUGUAUUAAUAUCUGAGGGGAAGGAGGAAUGAAUAGCAUGAAUCAUUUGUCUUAAGACAUAGAACUUAAGUAUUUAAUGCAUUACUAUAGGUCACUAAGUCCUUGACUAACAUUCAGAUAUAUACUGAACAAAAAUAUAAACGCAACAUGUUUCAUGAGCUGAAAUAAAAGAUCCCAGAAAUGUUCUAUACACACAAAAAGCUUAUUUCUGCACAAAUGUGUUUACAUCCCUGUUACUGAGCAUUUCUCCUUUGCCAAGAUAAUCCAUCCACCUGACAGUUGUGGCAUAUCAAGAAGCUGAUUAAACAGCAUGAUCAUUACACAGGUGCACCUUGUGCUGGGGACAAUAAAAGGCCACUCUAAAAUGUGCAGUUUUGUCACACAACACAAUGCCACAGAUGUCUCAAGUUUUGAGGGAACGUGCAAUUGGCAUGCUGACUGCAGGAAUGUCCACCAGAGCUGUUGCCAGAGAAUUGAAAGUUCAUUUCUCUACCAUAAGCUGCCUCCAACGUCGUUUGAGAGAAUUUGGUAGUACAUCCAACUGGUCUCACAACCGCAGCCCACGUGUAACCACGCCAGCCCAGCACCUCCACUUCCAGCUUCUUCACCUGCGGGAUCGUCUGAGACCAGCCACCCGGACAGCUGAUGAAACUGAGGAGUAUUUCCGUCUGUAAUAAAGCCCUUUUAUGGGGAAAAACUCAUUCUGAUUGGCUGGGCCUGGCUCCCCAGUGAUGUGAAAUCAAUAGAAAAUGUAUUUAUUUAUUUAAUUUACUGAUUACCUUAUAUGAACUGUAACUCAGUAAGAUCGUUGAAAUUGUUGCAUGUUGCGUUUAUAUUUUUGUUCAGUAUAUUAGCAUGUCACUAACCAUGUCACACUGAGCUGAUUAAUCAUGCCAGUUGUUUCUAAUGUCCAGGGGUUGGUGUGAUAGAAACGCCAGGUUUGGCUGUUGUCUUCAGCCUAGGUAACUGUAAAGUGCCUCUGUUAUAGUCCGGUAUCCCUGUUGACCUCUAUCGCCUCUCUCACCCCUCACAGAGAGGCAGUCACAGAGAGACCAGAAAUGUCAGUGCAGCAGGCAGUACCACAGACCAACCACGUUAACAACAACAACACCAGUAAGAGCCCCUCCCAGUUGCGGCCUGAGAGAGAGAAGCCUCUGGAGGGGGAGAUCCGACUGACCCAGGGGGACGAGGAGAGGAACGUGUUGGAGGCUCCUAGAAAGUUCAGCCAUCCAGCCACAGAGGUAGAGGUAGAGGUGGACAGGCUCUCCCCAGACUCUCUCCCUGGCCCCUCACACCCCAGGAAUGGCCAGGCCCACACGGUCCUCGCGACGCUGCCCCCUGAGCAGAAUGGGAACGUGGUGUAUAAGAGGGGCUUUGUCCCACGGACAGCCACAGAGAAGCAGGUGCAGAGGAAGACGGCUCUGACUCAGGUGGAGCACUGGGUCAAAGUACAGAAGGGAGAUCCGAAGAGGUCAGUCAGAAGACCUGCAUUACUCAUCUAAUCUAAUCUUCACUCUUAUCCUGAGCAUAAUCUUAACCUUAUCCUUAGCUUCAGUGAAGAUAACCCGAACCAUCAAAGGAGGUUGGUGGCACCUUAAUUGGGGAGAACGGGCUGGCGGUAAUGGCUGGAGCGGAAUUGGUGGAAUGGUAUCAAAUACAUCAAUCACAUGGUUUCCAUGUUUGAUGCCAUUCCUUUUUUCCCAUUCCGGACAUUAUUAUGAGCCGUUCUCCCCUUAGCAGCCUCGUGCUAACUAUAGCCUCAGCCCAUGCCCCAAUAUCAACCAUUCAAUUGACAUACUGUAUUUUACCAAACUAACUACAAAUGUCUCCCCCUGGUGGCGAUUGUGAAUGUCUCAGCUCUGAACUUCUUUUUCACUGUAACCGUUUUUUGGAAUAAAGUGGUCAUGCCUGAAUGGCUGUUAAUACUUUACUUUAUAUGCACUUUUGUUUCAACUCAGUAUUGAUGCUCAAUUAUGUGCCUGGUGAAAUAAGUGGACUGCACAGUUUGUAAAAGGCUCUAUCCCUCUUUCCUCACUUUAGCAACACAUCUACUACUGAGUACGCCCUCCCUCUCCCUCGGCGGACCCCUCCCCUGCAGCCUAAGGCCGUGGUAGUAGAGGCCUACCAGACGUUGCCAAAGACCCCCAGACUUCCGUCCGGCGGGAGCUCCCCUUCGGCGCCCCGCAACCUGCCCAGCGACUACAAAUACGCUCACGACCGGCUCAGCCACUUCCGCAUGUCCACCGAUGAGCGCAUGGCCACCAAGGAGGGCAUGGUAUGGCAGCUGUAUGAGUGGCAGCAGCGCCAGCAGUUCCGCCACGGCAGCCCCACGGCGCCCAUCUACACCGGGCCAGACUUCCUGGACACGGCCUCCUUCAGGGUCACCGUGGAGAUGCCUCGCUCCAUCUCUGUGCCCCCUUCCCCCUGUGAAGUCCCCCCGUCUGUCCCCACCUUCAAACCACUGUCCCCACACAGGCCACACACCCCCUCAGACAGGGUGACGGUCAGGCCGCUGGAUGAGGUGCCACCUGGGGAGUCCUCCACCGGCUCCAGUUCUCCUAGACGGGUGUGUUCUCAGCUCUCUAAGGUAGGACACUGACCCACUGGGGUUUAAAGGGUUAAAGAGGCUGGUCUAUCAGCCUAGGACUGUCACAAGACUAAAUGUUUCACAGCUAAGGAACGUUCAUCUUUCAUAAAUGGGUUUAAUUCUCACAGUUACUGAGGCCAUUUGUUUGUAGUGAAUUUCCAAUUCAUCUCUGUCUUAGAGGAAUAAUAACUUUGAUGCGUUAACCGUUAGAGAAAGGGCCGACCAUGGGAAGAUGAGCAUGAGAAGUAGCCCUGCUGUAAUUUCCCGGCAUCUUCACUUUGAUGUCGGUCACAAGCUCCGAAGGAUUCACACAGUCCACACCCAGGCCCUCUACACAGGUGGCUGGGUGUGUGUGUGGGAGUGUGAGCCUCCCCAUCGCCCAUUCAUCCCGGCCCAGCCCAGUCUCCAGGCUCAGACACACAUCAGCCUGUGUGGCCGUGUGUGUGUGCGCAAGUGUGUGACCCCCUGUGACAAGGCACUGUCCUGCGCCAUCCGCACCCUGGGCUGUCUCCCUGCCGGCUGCCACACCCCCCACAUGUGAGGCUGUCUUUACAAGGCUGCACCACACCAGCCUCCACACAGCCCUCAUCACCAGCCCACUGUCCUCACACCAAGUAAACAGAAUGUCCCAGCCUCUGUUUCCUCAUCAUUCACCCAUAACGUCAAGUCACUAAUUAUGUGUCUCAAAUAGAACACUGCCGCUCCGCUCGCUCACAGAAUAAUCAUAAACACACAAAGAGGAAAAGUAUAUUUUUAAUGAGCCACAGUAUGUGAGACCAUCCAAGAAAGCAAUGGUUUAUGGGUACUAAGUUUAGUCUGCAGAUUAACUUUGUUUUGGUGGAUCCAGCAUCUUUUAGGCUGGUGAUGUCUUUUUGGCUUGCGUGUGUAUUUCAGGGCUGUGUUCUAUGUACUUCUAUGGAAUAUCACACAAGUGUGUGUGUGUGUGUGUUAUUAGCGGCUAAUUCAGUUUGCCCAGGGCCUCUCAGCACUCUAUAAACAUCUCCACUAUCUCAACCAUCAGCAACGGUCUCUUUCUUCUGAUCUUACAUUUAAAUAAAAAACCUAUUAUACAGCAAAAAAAAGAGUGGCUUGGGAAUCUCUGAGGGAAUGGCUCACAGUGCUUCUCUCGCUGGUAGCAAACAAAUGUUAUUUUAAGAAAGCAGGUUGGGGAUAAUUUAUGUGUAGUUAAUUAAAUCUCUUGUUGUUUGUGUCCUUUUAAGGUUCUGUGAUGGGCCUAGCCGAGGAAUUCUGUGUGUUAAGCAAAAAUGUCAAAUCUUCCAAACCCUGUAGCAACUUAAACUGGGGGCACACCUUAUUUCAAAUAAGAGGAGGAGGGAUGGAAAUAAAUUCAGGGAUAGAAGAAAAAAUAUGCUGUGUGCACAAAUUUGUUUGUAAAGUUGCAGGCAAUGCCUUUAAGUUUGGGAUGCUACAUAUCAGAAUGCCCCUUAGCGGGGACAGAAAGCCAGUAACAACCUGAGCCACAUUGCAGGCAUAUUCAUCCUUAUAAAUGUUCAUUUAUGAUUUGACAUUCUGUUUGAUUUGUGAAAUGGGAUAUGUAGCCUAAUAAUAUUUGUUGAUGUGUGUGUUUUCCCACAGACUAGUCAGAUCGAGAGACGGUCAAUGCCAGCCAUGGGCUACAUCACACACACAGUCAGCGCACCCAGCUUGCAUGGGAAAACGGUACAGCUUCUGUCUUUUUCAUUUAUCUUCAUCACACACCCAGUUGAAACUAUUCUCUGCUUUAUAUUAGGACUAUUAAAGAUUAAUGCUGAAGGAAACUUUGAUGUAAUACAUUUCAAUCAGAAAGCAGCACCAUUUUCAGGCUGGUGGAUUCAGUGUUGUUCUGCUCUGGAGGGCCUUGUGUGGGUGGCGGGGAGAGAGAGGAGCAGAUAUUGUGGUAGGAUGCUUAGGCACACAUCUCUCUGGAGCCUGAAGAGCUGAGCCCUCACUGCUGCCGCCCUGGUGGCCAGGUGUUGAAGUGCUAUCUGUCUGCCCCUCCCUUCCUGGCUCUCCCUGGCCUGGGCCUGACCCUACUGCAGCCGGAGGAGCUGACCCUGCUGCUCAUUCAGCUCAGGAGGCACCAGGCCAAGAUGGCUGGUGUCCACGGCGACGCCCUCCACCACCUACAGCACAACGGCCUCCUAGGCCCCAGCCUGCAGGUCAGGCCCCCUCGUAUCCUCCCCCCUGCAGCCACCCUGUCCUGCAACCCCACUCCAGUGAAUCGUGGAGACCCAGCCCCCAGCCACAUCCCCAUCACCCGCAGUCUGUGUCUCUGCUAGUGUUUUGGUCCCAGCCCCAUCAUUCAUUGGACUGUGUGGUGUGUGUUGGUUGUGUCUUGUUGUACUAGUGGCUUAGGUGCUCCCCUGUUAGCAUGGACUGUCUGCAGCUAUAGAUACACCAGCCUGUGUUGUGUUUGAAUGGAUGGCCUCACUCAUCUAUCAACAUAAUGUAGCGCUCUGUUGAGCCUUAUAGAGCCGUGUUUUAUUUGAUUUGUUAGAAAACAAACAAACAUGAUUUUGCUCCUAAGCAUCAUCCCAAGCAUGUCGCUUGUUGACUAUGCACCGUGCCUGCCUUUACACACAUAUACUGUAGCCUUAUCUUCUGUUGUUUGAGGUCUUUGCAAACCUGGAUAACUACAAUGAGAAAUGUAUGUUUGUCCUGGUUGUGUUGAACUGUGUGUUUCUGAGGUCACUCUUAUUAGUGUAAAGUGAUCCUGGGUACACAGCACAGGUUGUUGGUGGUACCUUAAUUGGGGAGGACGGGCUCGUGGUAAUAGCUGGGUUGGCAUUAGUGGAAUGGUGUCAAAUACAUGGUUUCCAUGUGUUUGAUGCCAUUCCAUUUGCUCCGUUCCGGCCAUUAUUAUGAGCCUUCCUCCCCUCAGCAGCCUCCACUGCUACAAAGGCUAGCUCAGUAGUGUGUCUCCCUAGAGCAGGGGUAGGCAACUAGAUUCAGCCGUGGGAGAUUUUAUGUCGGAACGAAUGGUCGGGGGGGCCGGAACAUAAUUAUAAUAAUUUGUACACUGCAAAUUGAUCACAACUAAGCCCAGAAAGAGGUUGUAUUUUAAAUAAUGCCUUGAUUAUACUGAGUCAAGAUCACAUAUCUCUUUUUUUAUUUGUGGGAAUACUUGGGAACAGAUUUCCUAAAAUAAUCUGAAUUCCUGGUGAUUUUACAGUCUUAAAAAAAUAAAAUAAUAAUAAAUAUGCCUGUUGCCGACCCUUGCCCUAGAGGAGCCAGUCCAAACACAGUGCACUGUUCUCAGACCUGAACACCACAGUGAAGCUGCAAAGGUGCUCAAUAACAACCAUGCUCAGUCUCUCUCCAUCAACACUUACGUUCUCUUCAUGCUCAUGUAGACAUGAUUUACCCAUGGCAGAGAUUUGGUGGCGAACUGAAUUACAAGCAUUAUACUGCCCUAUGAAAUGCUAAAGCUAUUUGUGUAAGCAUCCCUAAACUAUUUAAAUAGCAGCCCUACACAACAAUCUAGUUUGGUGUACAUUCUCAUAAUAUAACCCAAUCAAUCUCCCUGAUUUUCUGUCCUAUUUUGCCUCACUAAUAUUAAUUUGACUGUGGUGAUAUGAUCUCUACAAUGAGAAUGAAGUAGAGAUGUAGAGUUGUGCUGUAACAGCGCCUGACUAGUCUUCCAAUACUAUAAUUUCCUAGCAUCCUUUGCAGCUUCCAGUCUUGUGAUCUGUCUCUCCACUCCUCACUGUCUGUCAGGCUGAUGAUACUUACAUGCAACUGAAGAAGGACCUGGAGUAUCUAGAUCUGAAGGUGGGCCCCAAGAACAAAGCUAAUGUAAAUGAUUAUUCAUCUCUCUUCCUCCUCCUCUCUCCUCUGUAGCCUGUAUCCUGCUCUUCCCUCCACUGUCUACAGUGUCAGUCUCUUCCUCAUUCACACACCUCCUUCUGCUGCUCUCUCCUCUUCUUUCUGCCCUUGUUCCUCACGGCUGUGUGCUUUAGGUUGAUGUUGGAAUUUAAACUGUCUUCUGUGUGUUUUAACCACUGUUGUUUUUGUUAAUAAUGCUCUGUAUUCUUGACAAUAAUGCUAUGCUGCAUUAAUCUGUGUGUCUUUACUAUCAAUUCAGCAAAGCAAACAACUUGAGUGCAAUAUGAUCUUAUACAAAAAAGUAUAUGGUUAUUGGCUAAAGUAUAAACUAUACAAUUUUCUAUAUUGUGCCAAAGCUAGCUAUUUUUGCAAUUGGAUAAAAGUACAUUGGGAAUAGUACAUGUUCACCCUGAAAACAUGGGGCCAAAAUAUCAUACCUCCACUGAUGGGAACUGUAGUUUCAAGCAGCACAGUAUUAGAUGUCAAAAACUACAUUUUGCAUCAUGUAAACUUCACUUCCCAUCAGGCAGUGCUGCUAAAAGAGACCUACAAUGGGCGCGUUCAACAUUGCAGCCGACUUUAAAGGCGAGUCGAGACUGACUGAUCUACAAAUCACCUUGCAUCCUAAAUAACUACUCAAUAUUAUUUGUAGUUCAUUCAGUCAGUCACAAUUUACCCAUGAUACAUCACAAUUUUGAUGCUCUCGAACACGUAAAGUAUCUUGCUGCUGUGCGGCUUCAUAUAAGUCUAAUGCCAGCUUCAGCAGAAUGACCUUGUGUGUUGUAAUGUUUCUACAUUCUGCUAUCAGCAAUUCUCUUCCAUUAACAACAGUACAAAGCAUCUGAUCCCCCUGAAGUGAUUUGUAUGUAUAACACCACAAACCUUAACUAACCUUCUGUUUCUUGGAGUGGGGAGUUCUAUUAUCGAUGUGUACAUUCUGAUGUAACACCUCUCUAUUUCCUGUUUUAAAACAGAUCAAAAGUACUGACCCGUUGAUCGUUAUGGUACUCAAUGUGUUAGAAAACACCCCUCCAGGUUUUGGGUCCAGUUGGAAUGUAAGGAUGGUGUGCAUACAAAGAGUGAGACCAUUCCACUGCUUCUCCUAAUAGAAUGUGUAUAAUGCACUCCUCACCUGCCCAUGUUUGCUGUGAGGAGUGGACAUGUCAGAAGAGAGACCCACCUGUAACUGUAGUGCAUAGCUUGGCCUGCUGGGUACUGUAGUCCAUCAUGGUGAUGCUGUGUCAGUGUGUGCUGACUGACUGAUGGGGACUCUGUCUCUGCUCUCUGUGAGAGGGAGUCCCAUUGCAUGCUGUUAAACCCUGGAUUGCACUUUGUUUCACAGCUUUUCUUUUCCUUUUGUUUGGCUUGUAAGCACUAAAGAGACAACCCAAGGGUGCUCUUUGAGAAACGUCAAUACUGAUUAUCAUUUAACACUUGUAUUAGAAUCAGAGCUAAAAGGUCAGCUAAAUAAUGUGUGCUUUGGUAAUAAUUGUAAACACACCUACAUCUCUAUGCCCUUUGAAAUGGAUCAACAGAAAUCAUUAGCUCUGUUUGGUCAUUAAGUCAAUUGAAAUCUCUUAGCGAAAGACACUGAAAUAUAGCUACAGUUUAUAUCAAUUCUAACUGGGCCAGUUCACUGACGUCUCUGAGAUAUGUCUUUGGCCAAGUCUGAUUUAUCAUUGUAACAGAGAGGAUCUAAAGGAGGUGCCAUAUUUCCUUCUAGUUCCUCCCUUUCUCCUGGUUCAUAAAGAGGACACGGUCGUUAACUAAACCCACUGACACACUGCCAGGAAAGAGCAGCUUUGUGAUUCUCCAUCAUCCAGGCCUCUCUUAAAUGCACAGAUGCUGUUUUUGUCCAUAAAUAUAUUUGCACAGCUUUUAAAGCAGUCGUAUUGCAUUGGCUUGUGCAUACUACUACCCAAGUCUUUUUUGUUGAAUAAUUUUUGCAUAACUGUUCUACAUUGUGGUUUCUGCAAUCCCAAUGUCCUUAGCAAGGUCUCAUGCUGUUGCUUGAUAAUUGCUGUAAUGUUGUUGUUCAGUGUUAUCUAUUGAAUGUUGGUUUUAAUAUUUAGGGUAUUUGAACAAUUUUUUUGCAACUAUUACUGGGAGAAGUAAGGUUGUAUUUGUGCCUUUGGGGCAUUGCAGGUUACAGGGCGUGAAACGCUAAAAGACAGACCAUCGAGACCUGUUAAGAUAGCAGAGAGCGAUGUUGAUGUAAGUAUACCAUCCCCCACCCCUCCCUAACCAAACCUUGUGUGAUAAACACCCAGUUUAUCCAUGUCUCUCCUUUUCUUCAACGUCUAUCGUUUUUCACAUCUUACGACCCACUACAGAGACAGUGAACUGAGGAGUUGAGAAGUUGGUAUUCUGUAGUUGUGGUAAACAGAGGGUGUGUAGGGAGGAAGGAAACGGUGCAGAGCUAAGAUGCAACACUGUGGGGACAGAUAGCUUCACCGUUAAAGCUUGAGAGUAUCGACGAGGGCUUUUAUUUCCAGCUCUCAAUUUAAAGGGAAAAAUACAUGUAAUGGGAUUUUAGACGUAGAGCUCUUAAAUGUUUCAGUUUGAUUUGUGUGAUCCGGCCUUUUUAAUUCUUUGUUUGCUCAGAAUGGAGGUAAAUAAGCUUGAUGUCUUGGCUUUUCAUCAUUAGCAUUGUUCCAGUUUAACAAUUUAUAAGAAUUUGCUGGUGAAUUUGUUUGAACAAUAAAUAUUUCAUGCAAUUAAAACAACAAUAUACGGCUGUGAAAUAAAAAACAGCUUAAUUAUUAAUUGAACAGAAUGAUAAAUAGAGCUCGAGAUGAAACACUCACUGUGUGAGAAAGACUGUAAACUAGGCAGUCUUAUUUUGUUUUCAGAAACAUAUAACCCAUUUCUGCAGGGAAAAAAAUAUGCCAGUCUCAAUAAGCACUGUUCUCCUGAAAAGUGAAUUUAAAAAUAUGGAUUUUUGAUUAUGAUUACUUAUAAUGGGCAUUACCAUUCUCCACAAGCAGAUAGUAUAAAGCUUUAUUUAUUUAUUUUCACACAGAGAAGAUGAAUAGAGGUCCUCAGGGCAUUUCAAAGAGAUGGGUCUUAUUGACAUAUUUACAGACAGAGUAGACUACAGUAGACUAUCAAUUCAUUCUGCUGGGCGCUGUGGUUUGAAUAGUGUUUACCAGAAGCUGCUGGGCAGAGGGCCCCUGUUAUACCCAUAGACCUAGUCUUCUUAAUAUACCUUAUCAAUCUCUGUUCUCUGUGCUACCUGCUGCUGGUCCCUGUGCAGGUGAAGCUAAGUCGACUGUGUGAACAAGACAAGAUCCUUCAGGAGCUGGAAACAACGAUACGCACGCUCAAGGAAGACAAGGUAUUGGGUUUUGUGUGUUUGUUUGUGUGUGUGCGCGUGUUUGUGCAUGUGUGUGUGUGCCUGGGUAUGUAUACGUGUGUAUUAGCCCCCCCCUUGUCGUGAUAACCCCAUGCCCUUGUGGUGUCCUGUCCUACAGGACAAGUUGGAGUCAGUGCUGGACGUGUCCCACCAGCAGAUGGAGCAAUACCGGGACCAGCCGGCCCACCUGGAGAAGAUAUCCUACCAGCAGAGACUACUGCAGGAGGACGUGGUGCACAUCAGAGCUGAGAUCUCUCAGGUGUCCACGGUAAGACCUGCUCUGUCUGACCUAACACAGACUCGCUCACUGGUCUGGACAAAGCCCCAUUCACUGACUACACAACCUCUAUCUCUCUCUCUCUUUCUCUCUCUCUCUCUCUCUCUCUCUCUCUCUCUCUCUCUCUCUCUCUCUUUAUUACUCUCUCUCAUGCUCUUAUUCUCUCUCUCUCUCUCUCUCUCUCUCUCUCUCUCUCUCUCUUACUCUCUUAUUCUCUCUCUCUCUCUCUAUGUCUCUCUUGCUCCAUGCAGGAGAUGGAGAAUGCAUGGAAUGAGUACAGCAGCCUGGAGAGAGACGUAGACUGGUUGAGGACAGCUCUGGAGGGCCAGAUGAACCGCAGUGGUCUCUCUCAGGUCAGGAUCGCACCACAACCACACCGCUGCAAACACAUACUCUCGUACACCGUCAGAUUCCGAGAGGGAUGGGAACAAACGCCUGUAGUGUUUGUGUUCAUGGUUGUGUGUGUGUUUGUCUAUGAGCAGCAGGAGAAGUCCCAGAUCAAGAGGGAGUUGUGGAGGAUUGAAGACGUAAUAGCAGGCCUCAGCUCUAGCAAAGCCAAUUACCAAGUCACCAUCUCCUCUGUGACCAACCCAGGUGAGAGGAGUGCUGUGCCUCUUCCUCCGCUUGCCUCUACCCACACACACUGGAGCUCAGGACGAGGUCGAGAGAGAGAAAUGGAUGCUACUUGUCAUACGCUUAUAUAUUUACAGGGGACAAAAUGCCUCUCAUUAUGCAAAACAUUGCUGAGUUUAUUAUGGUCUGUAUGUGUAUUUGGCUUUUGUGGUUGGAGUGUUGUUAUCUUAUGUAAUUUGAAUGUGUGUGUUGUGUGUGUUGGGGAGUGUUUUACAUGUGUUUUUGUGUCUCCAGAGAGAAAACUUGUGCCUUCCGUGUUGCCGUCGUCAGUGCCUUCUCUGUCUGCCAUUCCCUCCAUGGGAGAGAUGAGACUGGCCCAGCAGCACAGCCCCCACCUCAGCCACACAACCCCUACCCCCACCUCCACCCAGCACACCACCGCAGCCCUCCCCAUGUCUGUGCCAAAAUGGGUGAGUGGCCCCCGCUCCUCUCCCACAUGGAGGACAUACAGUGUUGAAUUUUAUACUAUCUGAUAGUAAAUGUGAUUGAAUAUGAUAGUAAAGGCUAUGCUGGUUGGUUGUUUUCUCUGCAGGCAGAGGAGGGCGCCCCUCCCCGACCGCCACUACCUCAGCUAUACAGUCCUGAGGACCACGCCCCGGCCGUGCCCCCGCUACCCAGGGAGACCACCGUCAUCAGACACAUGUCUGUACGGGGCCUCAAACGACAGUCUGACGAACGCAAGCGGGACAGGGAGAUUGGCCAAUACACCAACGGAGACAACAAGGUGCGUGUUUGGAGAGAGCUAUGGAGCCGUGUGUCUGUGUGUACAGUGAGGGAAAAAAGUUUUUGAUCCCCUGCUGAUUUUGUACGUUUGCCCACUGACAAAGAAAUGAUCAGUCUAUAAUUUUAAUGGUAGGUUUAUUUGAACAGUGAGAGACAGAAUAACAACAAAAAAAUCCAGAAAAACGCAUGUCAGAAAUGUUAUAAAUUGAUUUGCAUUUGAAUGAGGGGAAUAAGUAUUUGACCCCCUCUCAAUGAGAAAUAUUUCUGGCUCCCAGGUGUCUUUUAUACAGGUAACGAGCUGAGAUUAGGAGCACACUCUUAAAGGGAUUGCUCCUAAUCUCAGUUUGUUACCUGUAUAAAAGACACCUGUUCACAGAAGCAAUCAAUCAAUCAGAUUCCAAACUCUCCACCAUGGCCAAGACCAAAGAUCUCUCCAAGGAUGUCAGGGACAAGAUUGUAGACCUACACAAGGCUGGAAUGGGCUACAAGAUCAUCGCCAAGCAGCUUGGUGAGAAGGUGACAACAGUUGGUGCGAUUAUUCACAAAUGGAAGAAACACAAAAUAACUGUCAAUCUCCCUCGGCCUGGGGCUCCAUGCAAGAUCUCACCUCGUGGAGUUGCAAUGAUCAUGAGAACAGUGAGGAAUCAGCCCAGAACUACACGGGAGGAUCUUGUCAAUGAUCUCAAGGCAGCUGGGACCAUAGUCACCAAGAAAACAAUUGGUAACACACUACGCCGUGAAGGACUGAAAUCCUGCAGCGCCCGCAAGGUCCCCCUGCUCAAGAAAGCACAUAUACAGGCCCGUCUGAAGUUUGGCAAUGAACAUCUGAAUGAUUCAGAGGAGAACUGGGUGAAAGUGUUGUGGUCAGAUGAGACCAAAAUCGAGCCCUUUGGCAUCAACUCAACUCGCCGUGUUUGGAGGAGGAGGAAUGCUGCCUAUGACCCCAAGAACACCAUCCCCACCGUCAAACAUGGAGUGGAAACAUUAUGCUUUGGGGGUGUUUUUUUGCAAAGGGGACAGGACAACUUCACUGAAUCAAAGGGACGAUGGACGGGACCAUGUACCGUCAAAUCUUGGGUGCGAACCUCCUUCCCUCAGCCAGGGUAUUGAAAAUGGGUCGUGGAUGGGUAUUCCAGCAUGACAAUGACCCAAAACACACGGCCAAGGCAACAAAGGAGUGGCUCAAGAAGAAGCACAUUAAGGUCCUGGAGUGAUCUAGCCAGUCUCCAGACCUUAAUCCCAUAGAAAAUCUGUGGAGGGAGCUGAAGGUUCGAGUUGCCAAACGUCAGCCUCGAAACCUUAAUGACUUGGAGAAGAUCUGCAAAGAGGAGUGGGACAAAAUCCCUCCUGAGAUGUGUGCAAACCUGGUGGCCAACUACAAGAAACAUCUGACCUCUGUGAUUGCCAACAAGGGUUUUGCCACCAAGUACUAAGUCAUGUUUUGCAGAGGGGUCAAAUACUUAUUCCCCUCAUUAAAAUGCAAAUCAAUUUAUAACAUUUUUGACAUACAUUUUUCUGGAUUUUCUUGUUGUUAUUCUGUCUCUCACUGUUCAAAUAAACCUACCAUUAAAAUUAUAGACUGAUCAUUUCUUUGUUCAGCAGGGGAUCAAAUACUUUUUUCCCUCACUGUAUGUGUGGUACUGAUCUCUGUCUCUGUGGGUGUCAGGUGGAGCUGCGGACCUUCCUGAGUGAACCUGAGCUGCUGGGAGUGGGAGGGUCUGGUCACAUGAGGAUGGGGGCCUUGGGGCAUGAUGGUGGCUACCAGACCUUGCCAAGCAGAGGUAAGUAGCUCUAGGUCCAACACAUGUAAUUACAUUUUACAUUUUAGUCAUUUAGCAGACGCUCUUAUCCAGAGCGACUUACAGUUAGUGAGUGCAUACAUUUUUUCAUACUGGCCCCCCGUGGGAAUCGAACCCACAACCCCAGUGUUUCAAAAGCCAUGCUCUACCAACUGAGCUACAUGGGACCUUGAUGUAAAGUUGAAUGACAUAUUUGUUUCUUUGAAGAAUGUCUUACUCUUCAGAAUAAGCAAACAGCUUGAAAGGCUAAACAGCUUGUUUUUAUAUAGUGUUCACACCAGCAGCAAAUAUGUGGUUUGUAAUGUACCCACUGAACAUGCUUUGGCUCUUGUGCUAACUUGGGAGUCGUGUUUUCAUAUUUGCUGUCUUUCUCUCAGGGCCGGCUGGCUCCUCAUCCAGGCUAAAUCAGUCCACAAACAUCUCCUCUUACGUUACCCUCAGAAGAGGAGCCUCAGCCGCCUCAGGUCUGAAGGUAAGACUCCAACUAUUUCUGGCUGACUAGGAGUCAAGAGAGUAGGUGGAGAGGCAGCACAAAUAUUGUUUCUAAAUGCUGUCAUGGCUUUUACUUUUGUGGAGCUGACACAAGCUGACUUGAUUAGAUGCAGCAUCUAGUACAAAACGCUGAGUACAUGGAAAAAACUAGAAGGUAAUUUUCCAUGAAGAAAAAUGGUGACAUAUUUCAGCUGGCCAAAAGUAUUGUUAUAAUAAUCGAAGAAGUUUAGAAGUUUUAAAUUGCUAUUGUUGAAAAAUAUAGGCUAAUGUAGAAGUAGAUACUGUAUUACGGUAGUGGGAUAGCCGUUAGUGGGAUAGUAACAGUAGAAUUGCAGUAGUUGUGACUGUAGUCCAGUAGUAGUGGUAGUGGUAGUGGUGGUGAAUGACUGUGGUAGUAGUAGGCCAAGUAGUAGUAUUUUGAUAUAUAGAGUGGUUUUGCUGAAGCAAGGAACACAAAUAACAAGUCAGAAGUAUAUCAAAUAACUACAGUACUAGAGUGUUCUUGCAGAAGUAAGUCACACUAAUUAGUGAUUCUCAUUCAUAGAAUGUGCUCCCCUACUUCUAUAAUUUGACAUUUCUGAAAGUUCCACGGCAGUUUUACAUUUACAUUUUAGUCAAUUAGCAGACGCUCUUAUCCAGAGCGACUUACAGUUAGUGAGUGCAUACAUUUUUCAUACUGUUAAUUGAAUAGUGUGAAGUUAGCUUAAUUAAAGUAGGUGAUGUGGUUACUGAAACAGCUGUAGCUCUUAAUUGGUAGAAGUUAUUCCUGUUCUGAUUUCAGAUUUGAAUAGCCGAGAAGUAGACUAAGAUUUCAUAUGCUAUAAGUUGUGGUUGGGAAAGUGGUCAAAACGCCAGUUGUUUCAAAACGUUGAGAGAAAAGUAGUUGAUGCGGUUACUAAAGCAGCUGUAUCGUUUCAUUGGUAGAAGAUAUUUCUGUUCAGAAUUCAGAUUUAAAUAGCAGAGAAGCAGACUAAGAUUUCCUACCCUCAAAGUUUUUGUCUAACUUGUUGGGAAAGUCACAUUGUUUACAGUGAAUAGAAUGUUGGAAGUCUGGGAGUUUUUAACAAUGAGAGCUUUAGAAUGUGAAGAAAUCCCUAUUAAAGUGGAUGAUUUUUGGGGGGCAAGGACAAAAAGCUUAAUAGUUUAAAAAGUAUACAUUUGAUCAAAAAUAUGUACUGUAUACAAGAACACUGUUCCAGACCGGUAUGCACGUUUGAAAGUUUGAAUGGUGUACAAAAAAUAGUGUUCCAAAGAAAAAGUUUAAAAUAAGUUUGGUCAUUAUUUAAAGUGUGACUGCUGAGCAAGUCACAUUAAAGAGCAACUGCCCCUAAAAAACGACUUCUCAUUUAGAAAACAGCCUAUGUCGCCUCGAUAUGAGCCAGACGCAUUUAUUCUACUGUCAAAAUGACUACAAAGUGUAAAUAGAAUAAUUUUGGUCAUAAAGUCAGUCUUGUACAAAACUGAGUUUUGUUCCUGAGUGUAUGUCACAACGUAAAUGAAGGUUGGUUUUAUUUAAAUCCUGCCCGCAUGCCCACAGCUGGCAGCACACAAGUAAUAAUCAGUUUGGAGUGCAGCUGCACAUGACCCGAUCGUAAUGCCCGUGGUAAAGUUGGUUUGACUUUGGAUAUCCCUAUGGGACAAUAUGUAAAAAUUCCAAUAGCUCCAAAUUUCAAUGACUUAAAAACCUAAAACCAACUAUAAAUUGUAGAAAUUCAUAUACAGAUAUUGAAAGCUAAAAGGUAUGCAACAUAAAAAUAUUGUCUCAUUUACGUUGUAGUUUAUUGACGGUCCCUAACUACCCUGGAGAUAGGCUAUCCAAAGUCAAACUAACUUUGCCACGGUCACACACCAGCCGGAUGAAGCUAAUUGGCAAAAUAAUUUGGCUAACUCUUCCCACCUGCGAACACACACACGAAACACCAACAUCAAACCACACCCCGAAAUCAACUCAAGUUUGAAUUCAGUCAUGGCUGCUAGAAUUUCUUAAUGACCCAAAUCUAAAAUGAGGCCAAAACAGGAAGUUAAGCCGCCCUUUAAUAAUCCAACAUCUACAACUUGAGGGGGUGCAAGAGAGCCUAUGCAAUGCUAAUGAGUUACUGCUUUAAAGACAUGCUCUGGAACUUUGGCGACUACUAAGUAUUUUUUAAACCUCCCGCUUUGGGCUGGAUGUGUCAAUACGUAGUUCAUACAUGCAUAAUAUGAGCAGAAAAUGUCUGUCUUACUUCAAUUAGCCACGAAAUCCCUAGUUUGAAAGCAUAAGAAAUUCUGGAAGCUGUGCUGCGACAUUUUACCUACCUUGUCCCCCACGUGGGCCAGCUCCCUAGCAAUUCAAGUUCUAGCCAAUGAGCUUCAGCCCCUCACCAUUUGAGUGACAGCUAGCAAGAUGCACACACAGCAGAGAGAGAGCAAUGACGUGGUGCACAUAUCUGCACAUAUGUGACGUAGUACGCAAUUUUUGGGGACCACUUUUGGCUCGUGAGCGCAGCUUUCAGAACUACUGGCUAAAAAGUGUACAAAAGUACAGGAGAACCUCUUUAAUGUUGUGACAUGGAUGAGAACUCAGUGUCUUUUUGCACCUUAUUCUAAUGUAAAAUGGUGGUGGCACCUAAACUCUCUCCCUUCAGUCUUCUCUAACCCAUUCCUCGUCUUUCGUUUAAUCUCUCCUUUCUUUCCCUCCUGCUCUCUUUCUCCCUCUGUCGCCCCCCUCUUCCUCUCCCUCCCUCUCUCUCUGGUGUCAUGGGCUAUGUUAAUUUAUGCCCUCCCUCCUCUCAGGAGAGACCAAAGAGUGCCUUGGAGCGUCUGUACUCUGGGGAUGUGCUGCAGCAGCAGAGCAGGGGGAGGAUGAGUGCUGAGGAGCAGCUGCAGAGGAUGAAGAGGCACCAGAAGGCUCUGGUCCGCCAGCGCAAGAGGACCCUCAGUCAGGGAGAACGCCAGGCCUCUUCAUCGCGAGCUUCCUCAUCAUCAUCACAGCAACGCCCCCUUUCUGCAGACCUGGGCUCAGUACGUUAGAGCUACAGCUACAAUGCAUGCAGACAUAACAAUGCAUGCGACCACUAAUACAUUUCAGUUGCAUGGGUUUUCAUAGUGCCGUUGAUGUGAGUUUAUGAGUGAGUGAGUAGGCCUGAACUAGCUGGUGCAGCAGGUAAGUGGGUAUGUGAAUUGACUGCUGUGAUUGUGUGAGACGUGAGAGGUGAGAGAUGCUGUGGUGUGACAUGCAGGUGGAACUACUGGUGUUCUCACCUAGGAAGUGAAGGACUAUGAAUAUGCAAUAAAAAAAGGACAGAAUAGGUGGUGCCCCUGAUUUCAAAUGUUCUUGACUCCAUCGCAAGAAAAUGAUUGAAAUGAUUGAGAGAUAUUCACAUACUGCAUUUUAAACUACAGUCUCUCUAAUGAAGUGGACUCUGCUAUGAUACUGAUAAUGGUAAUGAUUAACCUCACUUCCACAACUCUAUUAAAUGACCUGGGAGAUAUGUAUAAAGGCAUUCUUAUAUGACGGACAUCUUUAACUGUAUCAAAGUGCUUUUUGUUGGUUAGCUUGUGAGAAUCUUUAUGUGAAUUGUUAGUACUUAACACUGAUGCAUUGAUGCAGCUUCAGUAAAUCAGCUUUGUGGGAGGUUGAUUGUAGUUGAUUGAUUAAGCUACACUGAAUCAUAUCCGUACUGCUGCAUUAACGGCCCAUACCCAUUCCCUCUCCUCCCUACACCCACCCCUGGCUAAACAAGAAGUGUUCUCUCAGCAUUUCUCUAAUGUUACCUCAGUACUGGAGAUACAUACAGCAGCUAAUAACUCUCUCAAUCUCUCCCACUCUGACUAAACUGCAGUUUGACCUAAGCUCUCAGGCUCCAUGACAGUGUUUCAGUGUGUGUUCCUAUCACUUCAUUAGUACAGCCCACUGCUAAGAUACUAACCCCAUCCCCUCCUUCUAGAACGGUCUGUCUGUCUUUCUCUAACCAGGUCUCAUUGUGCUGCUCAGACAAAACACAUAAUCCUGAAGAUAAAAUAAAACUAUACUUUUUACAUUAUUUAUUUUCACUGACAUCUUAAAGAGCUGACUCUCUAAUCAUUAUAAGUGUGGCUAUGCACUACUGGAUUAAACAUUUUCUAAUGAUCUUUAUGAUCAUAUGCUGACUCAUCAGCAUAUACAUUUAUAUUCCCUGGUAGUUUGAUACGAUGCAACAUCUGUCUAAUACUGUGCUUUUUGCUAGAAAUCAUCAUCAUUCACAUUUUAGUCGAUUAGUCUUUGUACAUGAGUAAAAGCUUAUAAGGAGUGACUUUAGCAAUGCGGAUGCAGUUCUGAUUGUGGUGACUUGUAGAUCUUAUCACCACUUAUCCCUCCUUGUUAACUGACUCUACAUACAGCAAUGCCUAAUGUACAGUACAUGUAUCCAUGUGCCACUACCUUUAUCCAUUGUGCCAAUCAUUUACAGUCCUAUCAGAACUCAAGCCAGAUAAUUAUUUCUCUGUUUAUCUGCAAAUGGAGGAUAAUCUACUAAGCUCCCUCGCUGUUCCCCACAUAUUUAAUGUAGAGGUUUGCAAAUAAGAAAUAAACACACAUUUUCCUAAUAAAUGCAUGCUUGCCAUGUGUUUUUUCUUCAUUGCAUGUGUAUUAUAAAUAUGUAUUUGUGGUAUUUACUGCAGUGGGCAUAUUUUUUUUUGUCCAGUAAGCACAAUGAUGCCUGGGACCAAUAUGUACAUGUAAAUGAAUGUAGCUAGAUGGAUCCCUUUCUUCUCCUCAUCUUCUCCCCAAUCACUGACUGCACAAGUAGAGUGAUGCAUGCCGAGGUCUGAGAGCUUGGGACUUCACAUACUGCACGUGCAUGUGCACCACACCCCCAUCAACAGUCCUGUACACGCUGGUGGUUUUGCCUGUGGUGAAUACUGUUGCAUUUGUCAUAUUGUAUGCCAUUGUAUGUAUGUUUGAAAAAAGGGAAAAUGCACAAUAUACAGUAUAGCUACAGAGAAGACCAUCUCAACGUCUGUAGAGUCUCACACUGGGUGUUGCCUUUGUAGAAAUUGUAGCAAAAAGUAGAAUUCCUGAGUCAACAGGUGGAAAGUAUUAGACUAAUGUUGGGGACUAAUAGUGUGGUUGUAUUGGUGUGUAACUGUUGUGUCUGUGAAGCAGCAGUAUAGUUGUGUUGGUGUGUAACUGUUGUGUCUUUGAAGCAGCAGUAUGGUUGUGUUGGUGUGUAACUGUUGUGUCUGUGAAGCAGCAGUAUAGUUGUGUUGGUGUGUAAUUGUUGUGUCUGUGAAGCAGCAGUAUGGUUGUGUUGGUGUGUAACUGUUGUGUCUGUGAAGCUGCAGUAUAGUUGUGUUGGUGUGUAACUGUUGUGUCUGUGAAGCAGUAGGAUGGUUGUGUUGGUGUGUAACUGUUGUGUCUUUGAAGCAGCAGUAUGGUUGUGUUGGUGUGUAACUGUUGUGUCUGUGAAGCAGCAGUAUAGUUGUGUUGGUGUGUAAUUGUUGUGUCUGUGAAGCAGCAGUAUGGUUGUGUUGGUGUGUAACUGUUGUGUCUGUGAAGCAGCGGUAUAGUUGUGUUGGUGUGUAACUGUUGUGUCCGUGAAGCUGCAGUAUAGUUGUGUUGGUGUGUAACUGUUGUGUCUGUGAAGCUGCAGUAUAGUUGUAUUGGUGUGUAACUGUUGUGUCUGUGAAGCAGCAGUAUAGUUGUGUUGGUGUGUAACUGUUGUGUCUUUGAAGCAGCAGUAUGGUUGUGUUGGUGUGUAACUGUUGUGUCUGUGAAGCAGCGGUAUAGUUGUGUUGGUGUGUAACUGUUGUGUCCGUGAAGCAGUAGGAUGGUUGUGUUGGUGUGUAACUGUUGUGUCUGUGAAGCAGCAGUAUGGUUGUGUUGGUGUGUAACUGUUGUGUCUGUGAAGCAGCAGUAUAGUUGUAUUGGUGUGUAACUGUUGUGUCUGUGAAGCAGCAGUAUAGUUGUGUUGGUGUGUAACUGUUGUGUCUUUGAAGCAGCAGUAUGGUUGUGUUGGUGUGUAACUGUUGUGUCUGUGAAGCAGCAGUAUAGUUGUGUUGGUGUGUAAUUGUUGUGUCUGUGAAGCAGCAGUAUGGUUGUGUUGGUGUGUAACUGUUGUGUCUGUGAAGCUGCAGUAUAGUUGUGUUGGUGUGUAACUGUUGUGUCUGUGAAGCAGUAGGAUGGUUGUGUUGGUGUGUAACUGUUGUGUCUUUGAAGCAGCAGUAUGGUUGUGUUGGUGUGUAACUGUUGUGUCUGUGAAGCAGCAGUAUAGUUGUGUUGGUGUGUAAUUGUUGUGUCUGUGAAGCAGCAGUAUGGUUGUGUUGGUGUGUAACUGUUGUGUCUGUGAAGCAGCGGUAUAGUUGUGUUGGUGUGUAACUGUUGUGUCCGUGAAGCUGCAGUAUAGUUGUGUUGGUGUGUAACUGUUGUGUCUGUGAAGCUGCAGUAUAGUUGUGUUGGUGUGUAACUGUUGUGUCUGUGAAGCAGUAGGAUGGUUGUGUUGGUGUGUAACUGUUGUGUCUUUGAAGCAGCAGUAUGGUUGUGUUGGUGUGUAACUGUUGUGUCUGUGAAGCAGCAGUAUAGUUGUGUUGGUGUGUAAUUGUUGUGUCUGUGAAGCAGCAGUAUGGUUGUGUUGGUGUGUAACUGUUGUGUCUGUGAAGCAGCGGUAUAGUUGUGUUGGUGUGUAACUGUUGUGUCCGUGAAGCUGCAGUAUAGUUGUGUUGGUGUGUAACUGUUGUGUCUGUGAAGCUGCAGUAUAGUUGUGUUGGUUUGUAACUGUUGUGUCUGUGAAGAAGUAAUAUGGUUGUGUUGGUGUGUAACUGUUGUGUCUGUGAAGCAGUGGUAUAGUUGUGUUGGUGUGUAACUGUUGUGUCCGUGAAGCAGUAGGAUGGUUGUGUUGGUGUGUAACUGUUGUGUCUGUGAAGCAGCAGUAUGGUUGUGUUGGUGUGUAACUGUUGUGUCUGUGAAGAAGCAGUAUGGUUGUGUUGUUGUGUAACUGUUGUGUCUGUGAAGCCACAGUAUGAUUGUGUUAGUGUGUAACUGUUGUGUCUGUGAAGCUGCAGUAUAGCUGUGUUGGUGUGUAACUGUUGUGUCCGUGAAGCAGUAGGAUGGUUGUGUUGGUGUGUAACUGUUGUGUCUGUGAAGCAGCAGUAUGGUUGUGUUGGUGUGUAACUGUUGUGUCUGUGAAGAAGCAGUAUGGUUGUGUUGUUGUGUAACUGUUGUGUCUGUGAAGCAGCAGUAUAGUUGUGUUACUGUGUUACUGUUGUGUCUGUGAAGCUGCAGUAUAGUUGUGUUGGUGUGUAACUGUUGUCUGUGAAGCAGCAGUAUGAUUGUGUUGGUAUGUAACUGUUGUGUCUGUGAAGCAGCAGUAUGGUUGUGUUGGUUUGUAACUGUUGUGUCUGUGAAGCAGCAGUAUAAUUGUGUUGGUGUGUAACUGUUGUGUCUGUGAAGCAGCAGUAUGGUUGUGUUGGUGUGUAACUGUUGUGUCUGUGAAGCAGUAGUGUUUGUGUGUAACUGUUAUGUCUGUCUACCCCUCCUCCUCCAGUGGAGGCGAGAGCAGGAGUUUGACCUGCAGCUGCUGGAGCGGGCGGUGCAGGGGGAGGAGGCACGGGGCGUGGUCCAGGGUGAGGAGCGUCCAGCGGAGCACAGGGAUAGACCCCGGUCCCAGUCAGACGAGUGGCUGACCCUCCGCUCGACAGCCACGUCCACACUUACCCGGGAGGCGGACCUGGAGACGCUGGACUAUGACCUGGACCUCAGCCGAGAGGUACGGCCUGACCCUCACCACCACCACCAUCAAACAUCACAAAGUCAGAGCUGUUCACUUUAACAUUUCAUUAAGGAGUACUUUCACAAUGUUGUUUAAACAAUUGAAUAGGGUUGUUUUCAGCCUCAAUGGUUAUAUUCCCUAAUCCCUACAAUAAUGGUACUAGAGGUGAAUACCAGUUAAUAGGAAACCUCUACUGUGUGUGUUUCUCUGUGUGUAGCUGGCCAAACCUCAGAAGGUGUUAAUCCCUGAGCGCUACAUAGACACAGAGCCUGAGGAGCCUCUCAGCCCUCAGGAGGUGGAGGCUCGCCAUCGCAACAUGGAGCGCAUCAAGAACAUUCUGGCCAAGUCCAGGUCUAUUACAGCACCACCACUACUCACUGGGCCAAUAUGGAAGAUCAGUUUGACAGGCCAUUCAAUGAAUUGUGUAAUGGUGUGUGUGUGUGUGUGAUUAGUGUUCAGAUCCUGGCGGGGCCCCCUGUUGCGGUGGACAAGCCAGAGGUGGUGGGUCUGGACUCAGCCCUACAGAAGCAGGAGAGGAUCAUCACCAUGUCUUACGCCCUGGCCUCAGAGGCCUCCCUCAAGAGCAAGCAGGUCGCAGGUAAUACCAACACACACAACUGGACACACUCUCUGCAGUAAUACCAACACACACCUUUUUUUUAUUUUUUAUUUUAUUUUUUUAGUAAUUUAGCAGACGCUCUUAUCCAGAGCGACUUACAGUUAGUGAGUGCUUACAUUUUCAUACUGGCCCCCCGUGGGAAACAAACCCACAACCCUGGCGUUGCUAGCGCCAUGCUCUACCAACUGAGCUACAGGGGACUACACAUCUGGACACACUUUCUGCAGUAAUACCAACACACAACUGGACACACUCUCUUUGCAGUAAUACCAACACAUACAACUGGACACACUCUCUGCAGUAAUACCAACACACACAACUGGAUACACUCUCUGCAGUAAUACCAACACACACAACUGGACACACUCUCUGCAGUAAUACCAACACACAUAUCUGGACACACCCUCUGCAGUAAUACCAACACACCUACUUGUCCUGUAUACACACUCUGCACCAGGUCUACAGAAAUCAUACCACUAAUGUAUCUCAGAGGCUGGGGAAAACUCAUGACUGCAUGGAUAUAAAAGAAAAUAAGUGAUCAUUCACUGUUUGAUGCUCUCAGUGACUCUUCUUUGAAUUUGUAUACAUAAAAGGUUUUCAACAUUUCCAAACGUCAAAUUAUAUUUUGUAGAAGGCAUUAAUAGACAUACCUGAAUGUUCUGAAGAACUGGUCAUCUUCUCACUACAAACUUCCACAAUACUUUUUAGUCUUCACUCUUCAAACCUGAACUGAACUUUGUGGUAGAACGUCUGCCAAUCAUGUGUCAUUUCCAAUAACUAUACUUCCGAUUGAAUACCUAGUCCUCCCCUUUUUGGUUAAUGGACAGAUUCUAAGAUACUGCUGACACUCAUCUGUGGAUGUUCAUCAUGGCAGGGCCAAACACUUUCAGAAAUCAUUAUCUUUCAAGUAUGUGUCUGACAAUAUCAGUAAAAUCUACCUUGCAUCACAUUGACAUCCUCUGGAUAGCUGAAGACGGGAUAAAGAGAGGGUAGCUUGCUUUCAAGACGGCUAGGCGGAUGAUGGAGGAGAGGAGGAAAACAGUGCAAAGCCGGGCUAUCAGACCGUUCAUCUCCUAAUAACUCAAUAUUAUUUCUUAUUAGUGUGGGUCUUAUGAGUAAAGACAGAGAUAAUUGCGAUCCAUGUCUAAUCUUUCAGACGGGGAGGAUUCUCUUGAUGAGGCUAUUUUGUGAGGCUGAUCAAUGACCCAGUAAGACUGUGCUCAGGCUCUCCACUGCAUCCUCCCGUAGCUGGCUCUUUGAACACGGUUCUGAACCCUCAUAAAAGACACUCAGGUCACUUUUCAUCUUUACCUUUCAGCAGGCAGGUUCACUCUUCCAGUAGCAUCAUCAGUAGCAGCCCUUUAGAUGAGUUGCAUCUCUCUCUCUUCCUCUCUCGUUCUCUAUCUGUCUCUCGCUCUUCUCUCUCUUUCUCUUCUCUUCUCUCGCUCUCUGUCACACAGACGUACACUCAAGCGUCAGGAUGGAGCUUAACAUACACAGGAGAGCAGAGUCAAUAAUUCUAACAAUCUUUCCAGCAUAGAGAAAUGUCCGAAUAAAUCACACGAGGCAUCUUGUCAGUAGUUUUUUUUCUCAAACUUCUUUCAAUGGGAUUAUGUAUAAUUCAGAAAUAAAGGUAUUAGACACCUGAAAACAUAGCCAUUUUAUUGACAUGCAGCUACAUGAAAAUUGAUUGAAGUGACAUCUAUUAUUGUGUGGUGUUUUACUGUACGGUAUGUUUAGUGUUCCAAGUUGGAUUGGUGUCUUGUGUGUUAUUGAGGAUAGUGGGAGUGGCCCCAGACAGCCCCUGUCCUAGUGUUGUAGUAUUCGAGACUAGUCUCGAGACCAAAGGUUGAGUGUCUCAGUCUUGUGUCGGAAAUGUUUUUAUUCGGUCUUGACUUUGUCUCGGACAAUGAGGGCUUGUAAUUUCAUGACCGAGACCAACCAAGACCAGCGGAGCGAAAAACUCAUAAUUAUCAGCUCCCAUUCAGUUAACCCAUAAAACCGCUUUGCCAGGCCAAAUAUAUACACUCCUUUCAUUGCGUAUUAAAAUCAUAUCGCCUAUUGAAACCUGGACUUCCUACUUUACUUGUAACAUUACUGUCCUUUACUUUCGUUGAAAAAUAUCCUCAAACUUUGUCAAGCUCAGAAUUUCCUUGAUUCGCUGGUAGGGAAGAGUAGGGGACAUUGCUUAAAAGUUUCACUCUCACUAUUAGUAAGGGGAGACUGGGGAAAGAUGUAAUACUAUAUAUUUUGUAUUUUUAUAUAUUAUAGACCUGUUUUGGAUUAGUGAUCAUUUUUAGAGUGGCUCUCUAUUUGUCCUCAGCAUGCAUCUUUUUCACCAUUCUGAUUGUAUAAAGAAUCCAUAUGUUCUUCUGAAAUAUGAACAAAGAAAUACUGGAUGUUUUGAACUGAAUUAUGGUUGCGAUUUGACACAAUUACAACCAUGGUCUUCAAUUGGAAUCACAUUUUUCUGGUCGCCCCCCUCCCGGUCAUGCUCUUGACUCGGACUGGAUUUUCUCCGGUCUUGGUCUUGAAUCGGUCUGGCUUUAGGUGGUCUCGAACACAACACUGCCCUGUCCUAACCUUUGGAUUUUCCAGUGCUGCUCCAAAUGUGACUAAUGUCCUGUUCUCCUCUUCCUCUUCUACUUCCUCUUCUUCUUCCUGUAUCUACUUCUCAGUAGUACCACUGCACCCUAACAUCCCCACCGUCCCUCCUCCUCCUCCUCCGCUUCCUCCUCCUCUUCCUCCUGUCUCUCAGGCACCUCCCCCUCCUGCUCCUCUAAGCAACGGAUUUCACUUCUCGUUUGUCUAA